GUGGCUCAACACGGAGACCCUGAGGUGGUCACGUGAUACAGGAAACGGUCUCUGCAGCCCAGUCGAUGUAAGCUGUAAGUUUCUCUUUUAUUCAAGACAUUUUACCUUUAAAAUUGAAAAGUGACUUUGACUGUGAUAGUUUAUAGUCAAUGCGGUUUUAAUACUUUAAUAAAAACGAAUAACAGCCUCUUAUUAGUCCUCUGGCUUUGGUAGAAACGUUCAGAUCUUAACGGAGGCUAGGCUAAGCUAACGUUAGCUUCUCGUUCAUUUUAUAAACAAAUCGGUUUUUAUGUUUUAUAAAAAUAAUAAACGGGUGUGUUACUGUGAACCGAGUGUCUCUGACACUGUGGCAGUGAUAAUAGAAUCACCUGACAGAUGUUAAACCGAGCUAACGGUGAUACUUUGAUAUAAACUGAGCUGUGUUGACAUGUCUGUCAUUUUAAAGGCUCUGCAGCGUUUCCUGUGUAGAAAAUGCUGUUUUGAGGUCAAUUCUCAGUGUGUGAGUCUCAGCGAAUAGAUCUUAUUAGGUUGUGCAAUCUUUUGAUGACUGCUUCGUAGACUGUGCUGUAUAUCUUUGUAAAGCUGUUGCUUUUUGCUGUAACUGUAGUGCAUUGCAGUGUUGGCAAAGGAAAAGGGAUCAUGCAUUCUCACUUUCUGUAACCUGCAUCUUUAAACGAGUCUGGGAUGCAAACUUCAACUCAUGUCUGUGUCAGAAAACAUUUCCAAGUGAAAUCUGUUCAUUCUUGAAUUAUCUGAGCCACAAUUAUGAGGAGUGGUUGUAUUUAUGGCCACUCCUUUGCGCAUAUAUCAGACAGCUACAGUUUAUCCCUCUUCUCUAAAUCAUCUUGAACACAAGACAACUGAGUUAAAACUCACUGUCAGACAGCUGUAAUAGAGAUGCAAAUCUCUGCUGCACUCUCACUUACUGACAUCAAACUUUUCUAGAAAAGAGUAAAAGAUCACCAGACUUCUGAGACACAAUUCACCUAGACUGAAACAAACAGUGACACCUGCUCUGACACUGAUUAGUGAUGCCCUCUGAUUGGAAUAGAGUCAAGUGGUAUCUAAAAUGUAUUAGACUCCCCCCACAUUUUAUUGGUAUAAUAAGGCAAGUGAAAUCCACAACAUAGGGGCUUCACAUGAUCUGCCUAUAACAAGAUGAUAUCGGUUUCAAAUUUCAAUUUCAAUGAGCUUUAAAGGCAUGAUUGUUACAACAAUAUUGCCAAAGCGUUUUAACCCAAAAAUAAUAACAAUAAUGGUAAUACUAACGAUAAUGAGAAUAAUAAGAACACAACAAUAAUAAAAUCAACAACAAUAAUAAUAAUAACAACAGUAUUAAAUUUGUCCCUGUGUGCUGAUUUUUGGCUCACAGGGAUUUUAAUCUGUACAAUUUUACCCUCCUGUAGAGUCCCUAAUAUGUUGAUAUGAGAUGAGUUAUUGUCAGCUAUUUCCAAGCAGAGACUCUUUAUUGAAGCUGUCAUUUAAAAUAUGUAAACUUUAAUGUCAACUGUGAUGAGAUAUGUAGGUGUAAAAGAUUUGUAUGUUAUUUUUAUUUUUAUUUUUUUGCCCUUUUACUUCAGAAGUUCCAAACUUGUUAAUGAUACAUCCUGCAUUAAUGGCACUCAAGCUGUUUUGGCUGUUGCACACAUGCUCAUGUAAAUAAGAACUCACAAGCAAGAAAAUACUAGAUUUAACCCAGCUCUUAGACAUUAUGGCAUAUGCAUUUACAUUUAAGAUCCUUUGUGAAACCAGGUUUGGAUUAUUAUUCAGAAAGCCAGAGCAAGUAAUGGACAUGUGAGAGUAAGGGAGUGUGCUGUUUUGCAAAGAAAAGGAGGGAAAAGAAACAAAAAGAGUACACGGACAACUGUCUUGAUACAACAUAGUUUACCAGACAAGUGCAUGAACAGUGUUGCAGACUGGAGUCUCUGUUAUUAGAGUGAUGCUGCCCCAGAGAAAUAACUCUAGUGUGAGUGCACACCAUGUGUGCUCAUACAAACUUGUAAUGUGUGGGAAUAAUGUGCCAAUCUUUGGAGUGUAAGUGGAACCCGACUCACUCACAGCCCUCCCUGUUUCCUGUUCCUUUCUGCCUUCUGACUGGCAGCUGUCACAUGAUGAAGAUAACAUCCAUAAACUUAGUCUCAUGACAUCUUCUGAAUCUCCAGUAAAGAGGAACAUUAGACUAUCAGAGAAUUAAACUGGGAUGGAGAGGCUGUGGUAGGACACAGAUAACUCUGCUACAUGCCUUUUUCCUGCUGUGGUGGCUCUAUUGACAUUUGGUACAGUGAAUGUUCUUGGUGUGUAUGUACAAAAAACCAAAUAUGUUUUCAAACCAGUAAUGACCGUCUUGCAGGAUCUGUGUUUUGACUGAAUUUGACACGGGUUCUGGUUCUGCAGUAGGUACAGUGUUCACCCCUUCUGCACAUACAUGGAGUUAUAAUGGAAGUGAUUUAGUCAGAUUGUUAAGUUUGGUUUCGAAGUGCCUCUUUAUGGAAGUCAAAUUUUACUGCAGGGAAAAAGUAUUUUGAGUUGUAAUCGCUCAUAUUUGUAUUUUCUUUUUUCUUGUCGGUUUUUAGGUUGAAUUCUUAUUUGGUUUGAAGUUGGUUUUGUCGUGGUUGUGGAGCCUUCUCUCAGCUCAGCCUCAUUAAGUGUCGUGUUUUCAAACAGAACAGAGUCUAAGCCCCCGUAAUCCCUCCUCUUGUGUACUUUUGUCAAAUAUUGGUAUAACAUACUUUCUCUUAAUAGGCUUUCUCAAGAGAAUGAGUACCAAACCCUGUGUGUUUGUUCAACUGAUUGAUGAUAUGUGGGAGGGAAUAAGAGUAAUUGAUUGACAGGUCGAUUGCCGGCAGGCGCCGUGUCGCAGGAAUGACUUGUCAUUGAGCUCCUCCAUCAUUUGUGUCGACAUUCGUGGCAGAAAGUCCUCAACCUUUCAGUGAGAGCCCGCAGAGCUCUGUGGAUCUCCUUCUCUUCCACACAGUCAGCACCGCCUGGCUGGGGGAUAGUGGGGGAAAGGCUACACUGAUCCAUUUCCUGCCCCCCUCCUCGGGCUCUAAUUGAAAAAUUUGGGUGGCCUUGCUUGUUUGUUUUGGUGGAAUGUGGUGGGUUGUGUUUUUUUGAGGCUCUCCUCAGUGCCGCCGCUCAUUAGACCUCGGGGUGAGCAGAGCGUCGGGGGUCAGUCCGAACCUUGUUUGUUAAAGCGGCGCUUCUCUCUCACCCCUGUCCUCUCUCUGCAGUCAACCUCACCUGGUAGCCCCCUCUCUGCUGACAGGCUUGCUGGGCCACUGGUUUUCACAGUAUGGUUACUGUGACCCAGUCAGACCUGGACACACACAGGGACAGACAGACGGGGAGUUCUGGGCUGGGAAAGUUGUGCAGCUGUAGUUGGAGACACACUUAAUAGUAACAAAGUCUGGGUUUGAAAUGUUAAAUGUAUUCAGAUUCUGACUUAUAACAGUUAAUACAGAUAUUAUUGACCACAGAUAGUCUGUAUUUAGGGCUGCGCUGUUCAUCUAAAUAUUAUUAUCAAUUGAAAACUGAAAGCAAACACAUUUAAACUUUUGAAACAGUAAUAUCUGCUUUAUCAGUCUGUGUUAUUAAGAGUUUUUACAGUGUUGGUCAAACAGAAGAAGAGUUGGAAAAGAGUAAAAUGUCAAUAAUGAUAAUUUUAGGAAUCAUCUACAUCCUUUAUUUAAUUGAAAAUAGUUAAAGAACAACAAAUCAGACAUAGAAAUUUAAAGUUAGAAUAGAUUUACAUCUUAAAUUUGAUGCCAACAAGUUGGGAGAAGCACAAUAAAACCCUGAAAAAGUUGUACAAACAUCGCCUGACUAUCUUCAGCAGGUUAGUUACUUGAGUAUAAAAGGGUCACCAGAAAGUCUCUCAGGAAUAAAGAUAAGAAGAUGUUUGCUGCUAUCUGAGGUGCUGUAUGAGCCCUGCAUGAGCUUAAAGUUACUCUAAAAAAACUAAAACAGUGAACACAGUUAUGAGCUGCAUUUAUUCACAAAUAGAGGUUAAAACUGCACCAUGAAAAGAUGAAAUCAUACAUAGACAGGAUCUAGAAAUAAAGGUAACUGUUUGUAGAUGGGCUGGGGUAAAAACUGGUGAACCAAAACUUGACAUAUACUCUGGAAAACAUUGAUAGAUGCUGCAUCCUCCACUCUGAAGAAGUGAGGCCAGCAUCUAUGACAGUAUGGGGAUGCAUCGGUCCUCAUGGCAUAGGUGGCUGUAACAUCUAGGAGGACACCUUUAAUGCUGAACAGUAUCUACAGGUUUAGAGUUACUUAUGCUGCCGUCCAGAUGAGGAAUUUUUCAGAGAAGACUCUUUAUAUUUCAGCAAGACAACCAAACUUAACUCUGCAUUUAUUACGUGUUUCUGGUAUAACAUGAAACAAGCAUUAACAGUACGUUUUUGCUUUAGUUUCAAUUAAACAGGAACUUUAAAUGAUUCACAAACCAUUCAUUUUUGUUGGACUUAAGGCUGUAUUAUCCAUGACAGCCAUCGCUGCUAUUUUCUGACAUUUUAAGGACCAGAUUUACAUAAUUAUUGCAUAAAGUUUGUAUGUUUUAAUUUCUUUUAGUUGUGGUCUGGACUUGAACAAACAAAUACCGUUAAAUACACAGCUCUACUAUAAGCGUUUUAAAACAGAUAUGUGUGUAUUCAGAGACUUGUAAAGUUGUUUGAAAAGUCUGUUCGUGAUGUUUGCUCCUUCUUUAUAUUCUGUAUGAUUAGUUCUUUUGAGACUCUGAACUAUCAGCUGUCAACAUGGCAGUGAAAUAUCUUGUAGAGUUCAUCUUUGUUCACCUAACUUUAAUAUCGUUUACAUCCUAAAAGUUGUCUGGUUUGUUGUCUGAAAUGAUGAUUGUGUGUUGAUGUAGUGGAUGCUGCUGGGACUGUGAGGAUGGUUCUCACGCUGGUGGUGUGUGUUUUAUGUAAAGCAGUGGCUCCUGAAGGUUCAAAUCUCUCCGUUUGGCCGUGUCACUGGGCAAAGCCGCCUGUCUCCAGUCUCUUAAUCCUCUGAAAACAUCUUCCUGCGUUUUCAGGCCUAUACUUCAUAUUUCUGUUUAUUGUUUCAGGAUUUUUAUAUGGGAAAUUGGGGACUUGACUUCGUUAAAGCUAACUCUGAAAAGCACUUGAGACUGACAAACAAACAAACAGACAGCCCCUAAAGAUAACAAAGCCUGUGGGCAGACAUCAUCAUGAUGGUCGGAUAGUGAACCAGAGGCACACAUGAUCCGAUCACUCUGUCCUCUUUCUCUGUCACGAAACGCUCACACAGGAGAAGCUGAGUCAUUGUGGGAGAGCGCAGUGACGGGACAGCGGUCGCGCUGCUGCAUCUGUUUCCAAACAGAACCUGCUCUCUUCUUGUUCUUUAUGAUCUAUUUGUCUGAAAUUUGAUACCCUUGACUCACAUUAUGGUCAAUUUUCUGACUAUCAGCUCGUUUGGCCUCUCCACAUCUUAGAGGCGUGCGGUGGGCCGGGUGCGAGCGAACACUGUGGGAGAUUGUUCCGAGCUUCACUCGGCCUGUGUGAUCAGAGCACUCAUCUCAGGCUGGGCGAUGUUUGGCUCACUCUGUCCAUUCAGACGAGUCAAGGGGGGGGGUCUUUGAAGGAAUCUGAUGUUUGUGUAAUGUUGGGGAGCAGGGAGUGAAAUGGUGUUAGUGUGGGGGGUAGGAUGAGGGGAUAGCGGGUAAGCUGCUGUGAUGGGAGGCGGAGGGGGGGGUGAGGGUGAUGAUCUGUCUAAAUGGGUCCCUUUGUGCCCCCCCCAAAAACCCAUUACAGUCUCUUUUACACACACCUUAGCACUCACACACACUCCCGCCAAUCACUGCCAUAUGCGAGUCACCUUCAAGAUCUAAAGGUAUGAUGAACGCAGCUUUCAUGGGACGCUGUGUAUAGCCGUGUGUGUGUGCGUGGUAAGGUCAAUGUUCAGGUCAAUAUUUUCAUGACUGUUGUGAUGCAGAGACUCUGUAACACAUGGUGUGUGUGAUCUCUUAUCAGGGGACAUUUCUCUCAUCGAUGAGAAGACAGAGAGUGAAAAGAGAGUAAGGUGUACAGUUUAACAAUGCCCUCUUAAUUUUAGCCAAACAAUUAAAGGAUCAUUUUAAAUCUCUACUUUGUAAAUGCUAUAAUCUCUUAUCCAUUUAAUAAUUCUUUUUGAUUUAUAUUUAAGAGUUUAAAGCCUCAGGUGACAGUGAUAGCAGGAAGUGUUUGCCUCAGAUGGUCAAAAUAAUUCAAAUUCAUGAAAAUAUCGUAAUAACCCUUAAAGAAAUUACACUUUAACUGUAACAAUGACCAAGGAAGUACCUGAAGGACUUUGACAAACAUUUUACUCAGAAUGGAUUAGAUUCAUCAUCAAAUAUUUUUCAGUAUGAAGCAAAUUAAAUAAGAAUAAAUAACAUGGUGCCCAUUAAAAAAUACCAAAAUACAUCGUUUACAAUCAUUACACUGAGAAUCUGAUCAUUUUAAAAGGCGUUAAUCAAUAAUUAUGUUUGCAAAUAAUCCGUUUUCACUACAAGAUAAUUGUAGAUACCCAAAGAAAGCUUCUGCAAGUAGAAUUUAUGCUAAUAACGAAUUAUCAGAACAAUCAAAACACUUCAAUAAACUAUUUGAGUUAUCGGUUUUCUGAAAAGCAAAAGAAUUUGUGAUAAAUUACAUUUUUUUUAUUAUUACUUGUAUUUUUUCCUAGUUUGAUAUAUUUCAUAAAAGAGGCAAUUGCUUUUAUGCAUCAUGUUUUUGGGAUGUAAUAGGUAACAGUAGAUAACAGCUAAAAAGCUUUUCAUUCGUAUCAGGAGAUAUAUGAACAUUGCAGGUGGUUAUUAUCAACUGAUGUAACUAGUAGCAGAAAAUAAAACAUGUACGUGCAAAAACUGCUUAUCUAAGUAGAACACAUUACAUACAAGCUGUAUGGAAGUAAUUUAUUGACACAUUGCUUCAUGUCUGUAUUUUAAAAAAGGGUAAAUUAACAAUGGAAAAAUGAUUUUUAAUGCAGUUUUAUGUCUGUUUUUAAAAUUAAAUCGACUUUUAUUAUCUGAAUAAUAGGAAAACAUCCUUUGCAGUGAAUAAAAAAAGUGUACAUAAAGUAAUAUUUGAGUUUGAAAAUAUCAAAAAUCUAAUAUCAUACUUCUGCCCUUUUAUACAGUGUUAAAUUUGGCCUGUUGUAUUAAACCUCAGGAGUAUUUGCUGUUUAAUUUUUAGACACAAUAAAAUCUCAAUAUUUGUUUUGCCACAAUCAAGAUUAUGAAAAAUGAUGAAAUGACACACUGCCUUUAUUUUCAGAGCUGUAACCUGCAGGUGCAAAAAAAAAAAAGUGAAGUGUUAUAUAGAUGAUUAAAAAUGUGUUUCCUUUAGCCACAGAGGAGAGCGUAUAGAUAUUGAUUAAAAAUAAAAAUGUCUCGGUGUUGACAUGAAACGAGUCACUCAGAGGGUCUGAAGGCUGUCUGUCUUUUUAGUGCAGAAGAAAUCCGUUGAGCCCAGACCGUUGAGCCCAGCAUAUUUGGGGCACACCGCGGCAUGUGGAAAUGAAAUGGUUUCAUGUGGCAAAAAGAUUUGUUUAGAGUUUUAAUGAAAAGUCUUUCCUUUGUGUCCACGUACUCCAGCGCAGAGCCAAGGAAGGGGGUUGCCACUUAUUAGCCGGGCUGGAAGAAGAUCCAGAGCCUCAGACUUCCUCAUAGCUACCACACAGAUCAGAGCCAAACCUGCUGUUUGUUAGUCAGCCUCCAAGGAAAACAAACCUGCCUUUUUAGCCCUGCACCGCAGAGAGAGGCUGGGGACGGGGGGCCGGGGGGCCGACGGCAUCACGUUUGGAGAGGAAUCAAGCGAGAAAAGGGUCUAAAUCCUGUUGUGUGUUGUCAUUGAUUAAAUUUCUGCUCUACUGUAUGACAUGACUUGACACAUGUUGGAGGAAAGUGGGGUUAAAUGUUAUUGAGGGGUCCUCUGACGCCCCCUGCAGGUGAAGAGCUUGAAUACCUCGCUCAGAAGUUUCCAGUCGGAGCUUCAGCGACAUCUUCUUUUGUUUUCCUCUUCAUGCUACUUUAAGGAAAAAAUCAUUCACUUAGUCUGUAUAGGGUUAUAGUUUCUAUUACCUGGUUUACAGCGUAUUUGUGAUGGUGUGUGACAUGAGACUUGUGCAAGAGUACCCCCUUCGUUUCUGCGUGACUUGCCGCAUGUGUGUGUGUGUGUGUGUGUGUGUGUGUGUGUGUGUGUGUGUGUGUGUGUGUGUGUGUGUGUGUGCGCGCUGGUGUUACAGAGAGGGGUCUGGGCAGUGUUCCCGUGUCCAUGCACAGCCCCCAGAGUAAAGUAAACACAGCGGCUCUUUUCUCAUCCCAGCCGUCAGCAGGCUCUCCCCAGGCCCGCGCCAGAGACCACACACCCAGACCACACACACACACACACACACACACACACACAUACACACAUAUAUACACACACACACACUGCCCAGACCUCUCCGCAGAUCCUUCCACAUACUCGCAUACACACAGACCACACAACUCCAGCUCGGGCCCCUCGCACGCAACCUAGCUGAGCUGUCAUUCUGCCCAGCGUGUAUAUAUGUGUGCAUAAGUGUGUGUGUGUGUGGGCAGGCUAUCUGUGUGUUUGUGCACGUGUAUUUCCAAGACGAAGGGAGAGGAGGGGAGGAGGGGGGUAAGUUCGAAACACUCCUGGAAGAGGAAUCAGAAUUGCAGAAAAUAAAGAUCCCAGCUCUCUGCCCCCUUCGCCCUCCCACUCUAAACAUAUGGGAUUGAUGAAGGAUAUACCGAGCUCUUGUUUUAGGCCUGUUAACCUCUUAUCUUCUGCAUGUCAGAUUCAUAGCCCCUCCAUUUCCUCUGACAAGUAUAGGGCAGCAGUAACAACAUGAGGUAAAUCCUGCUGGAGGUUCUCGUUAACUCCACGAUGUCGGGGUGACGGAGGGGGGACCCUGCUGCAGGAAGAUGGUUUCAGGAUCCUGAAAUGUUCUGCUGAUUGGACCCCAUUAUACCUCUCAGUGCAAAAGUGUCAUGCAAUCAAAAUAGCGUUUAUAUUAUAUGCAUCAACAAACUAUAUAACAUUGCAGAACAGAUGCAUUACACCAGAUUGAACAGCUGUUCCUUAGGAGAGUGUUUAAUAAUAAUCAUCCUGAUGCAGUGAUGCAGAUUAAAACUCCACAUGACUAUUCAAAGAUGUGUGUUCAGGGGGUGUGGGAUAUAUAAUAUGUAAGGUUGUUUUAAUAAUUUGCAUGCCACACAAAUAUACAAACAGUGAUGUUACAUUUCAUUGCUGGAUUAAAAGACAGGUGUUCCUCCAACGAUGGGACUCUGCAGACAGAGCAGAAUUUCACUUCAUCCACCAUCUGCUAAAAAUUCACCAAACUGAAUAUAAAGAAAAAUUAAAGCUUCACUGGUUAACUGAAUUAAAUUAAACAACAAUAGAAUAAUAAUUUUAGUAUUUUUACUUCAUGUUUACUUCAACAUACCUGCUCUCAGCUGAUAAAUAAGACCUAAAAAUAACAUCAAUAUUACAUUAACUAUCAAAGAUUUAAAAAGACAUAUAUACAAUAUCAUGUUUUUGAUUUUUGCACAUUUUUAAGAGAUAUUAUAAUAUAUUAAAUUACUGUUAUUUAUAAAAUCACACACCCUGAAGUGUGAUGGUGCACUUGAGUUAGAGGGUUUACUUUUAUUUACAAAAGUUUGUUUUGCAUUUACCGCCGUCCUGUCACAUUUAUUGUUUAUUUAUUAUUGCCUUUAUUUCUAAAUACCUAGUUCUGUCAAAGCGCAGUCUUGUGGAUUAGUUUAGCCACUAAAUAUGACAAUAUUCAUAAUGGAGUGAUGACUUGCUUGUUUAUUUAUUUGAUCCCUAAAACAGAAUCCAAAACUGCAAACUGUAAAAGAAGAAAUAAUAGAAUUGUUCAACAUUUAAACUUGAAUCACUUUUAAAAACCUUGAAGUCACUGUUAAAAUGUUUUCUGAGUAUAAUUUGACCACAAAUUUAAGAUGAGAUUUGACAUUAUAGGGAAAAACUGCAGCACGAGAUAUAAUUGAGUUAACCGUCUGAUCACCAUUUUAAAGAAAAUAGGAGUAAAUUUAUCCAAAAUUGAGUAAAGUUAUUACAUUUAUCUCAGUAAUUAUUAAGUGGUGAUUUAAAAUUUGGCUCUUUAUAAAGUAGGAUAAGAACAGGGUGAAAACACAGAAUCAGGAAAAACUACAUAAAAACUCUGAAUUUAGAAAAAUGAAUGUAAGAGAUUUUUUUUUUACCCUGGUUGCACUUUAGAGGUGAAAGAGUGAACUAUUGUCAAAGCUUUAUAACAACAUGAAAAAGUCAAACACUGUUUGUUUCCUAAUUUUAUUAAUUUUUCUCUGGGUCUUUAAGGGUCUUUGUUACUCUGAGUGUGUUUAGGUGAAAUCCUGCGGACCACAUUCAUCAAACUUUAAGACUUCUCUCUGUGAAAUAUGGAUUUAAAUUUUGUACUUUUUUGCUGUUCCACUGACAACUCUGUCAUAUUAGUUAUUAAAAACAGCUUAAUUACUAAUUAAAUGAUUAGACACUUCAUGGAGUUGGACUCUUGCUGUUGCUGCAGGGUUUUCCUCCUCAGGAAAAGUCUCUUUAACAAGUCGACUAAUCAAUAAAGUGCUCUGUCAGGUUUGAUUUCCCCUGAUGCUGUCGCUCCCGUUGGCCCUUGGAAGCCCUCUCCACCCCACUUCUACACCUACAUCUAAUAUUUGGCCGUCUAAUAACUGUGCUAAGGGUGGCCACCGUGAACUGGUCUCAGGUCCGGUCCGUGUGAACUCCUGCAUUGUUUGUGGAGAGCGUGUUUUGGCUGCGGAGAAAAGGGCGGAAGCCCCGCUGAAGCUGCUUCAGAGUCUGGAUUGGUCAGCCUUUAGGAGACCUGGCAGUAAUUUAUUAGCAGACAUCUGUGCUGCUGAAAUACAUCCUUUCAUUUUUGCAUUUGGACUCAUUCCCCGUCUUCCUUUGCUCAGCCCCAACAUGAACUGAUUUGCAUGGGUGCUCCUUCGUUGGUACCAUAAUCUGUACUGCAUUGUGUGGGCUUAUGUGGAAUGAUUGGAGAGGCCAGGUUUAUUUAUCCUUCGCUGUGAGGUUUACAUUCUUCCUUCCCUCCCUGCUCUCUGUCUGCUCCUUCAUUCUUGGCUCCCCUCUCUAUUUUUCCUAUUAUCUCAGAGAUAACUGCUGCAAUGCAUACAUUGUUUGGAGACCUACAGGGUGGGAAAUUAACGCUAGCCGCCAGCCAAUUGCGGCCUGUAUUUUGGAGUCCAAGGUCAGUUUUUAAAAACCUGAAUAUCUGCCGCUUAAAAAAAAAAGAGGGAGAGAGAGAGACAAGCGGUCGCUGAACUUUAGAAAAUAAUUUACCAUAUUUGUUUUUGUAAAAAGGUUUUGGUUUCACCAGUUAUGGCUCCAUGUUGAGGAAAAGAUUAUUUCUUAAACCCUAAAAGCAGGUGGGAACUGUUAACUGUGGAUGACCCUAGUGUGGCGAGGGAUUUAGUGAAACCAUUAUAAAAUGCUCUUUAAGCAGAUAGUAGCUUAUUUGAUAUUGUCAGAAGAUAUUACAUGUUUUAAUAAUUUGAGAAAAUUGACUUAAAAUGAAAACCCUUUUUUUCUGCUCUCACACUGACUGGACUGUUGUCAAAUUCACAAAAUGGAAACUGCAAAAGCACACAAAGGUGUAUUGUCUUUGUUUUAUUGUAUUUUAUGAAACAAAAUAAUCACAUUAUAAUAAUAUCUAUCAAAGUGAUUAAAAUAGGAGACUCUUCACAUGUUCUGCAGCCUCUUUAAAUCUGCCGUUGUUCACACUUUGAUCAUUUUAGCACCUGAGGUUGAAUUUUUUGGAUGUUGUUCUGAUGUGUAAACUGGACUGUGGUUUUUUUUCAAGUCCAGUCUUACUCACCAUGCCCUCCUGUGUCUGCCCCCCCCCACCCCUCCACUCUGCCUCUUUUCCAGGUCCAGGUGCUGAUUGACCCAGAGUUCCUGUCUGCCUCAGGCCACCAUGUCUCGUUCCCGUCAGCCCCCACUGGUCACGGGCAUCUCGCCCAAAGAGGGCGCGGCAUGGACCAAAGUCACCAUCCGUGGAGAAAACCUGGGCACGGGCUCGACCGACCUCAUCGGUAAUACAUUUGGAGCCACAUGACUAACCUCACACGGACAGAUUUGUCUCGGAAAAUCUGUGUCUUUGCACUUUGUUUGAAAUUUCUAAAAAUUGAUUUCCAAGUGGACGAAAACAUCCUCUCGAUAAUUCUUUGUCUUUCUUGUGUCUCAUUAAAAAAGUAAACGUUUGAUUAAUAUGUCAAGAUAAAUCUGCAUUUAAAAGACAUAAAUUUACACCAGCUCACAGUUUUUAGGUAAAUCAAAUUAAUGUUUAUUUCUUUACCUGACGGCACACGGCUGAUAUUUUUGUUCUUUAUUUCUUCGUCUACUUGUUUCUAAAGGAGGGAAGUGAAACGGUUUAAAUAAAGCCCGCUCUGCUAUUCAAUCAUAUUUUAAUCAUAGUAACUGAUCAUAUUAACUGAUCAAUCAUCAAACCACAGCGACCCCCUUUUUUAAACAGACCAGUGUAAAGUUUAUUUUCGUUUAUAUCAUAUGUAAGUGUACAGGCAGACCUCUGAUUCUUCUCCUCUUCCUGAUUUCCUCCUUUUUUAAAAGAAUUUCAGACUUCACUUUCCAUCUUUUAAUUUCAUGAAUAGAAACUAAACUUGUAAACUAAAAGAAGUAAAAGAAAAAGAAGGUUUAAAAUAAUGUAAUUUUAAUUUCUUUGCUGUAAAUAUUCACAAAAUUAAGUGUUAAUGUUUCUGACGUAAAAUAAAAAUGAAAAAUAAACUCGAGUUCUCACACUGGGCCACUAUGAGGAAGUUUUAACUGGCUGCAAAAAACAUUGAAGUUAAAGAUGAUACUAAAAACAAGCAUUUAUAAACUUUUAUAUUUAAAUUUGUCUAAAUAUAUGUAUGUCUUUUGAUUUUGUCGUUUAUAUCCAAGUCUGUCACUUUAAGGAAAACUUUAAACAGCAGCUUCAUCAUCUGGUCUGACACCUUUAGAGCCGUUUCAGACAUCAAAUAUAAUAAUUAAAAUAACACGUUUUUACCUCUGCUUGCUUUUUUAGUUUCAUCCUAAACUUCAAUGUUUCCUCAUUGUGUCCCCAUGUGAGAACUUUAGUUUAUUUUUCAUUUUUAUUUUACAUCAGAAACAUAAACACUUAAUGUUGUGAAUUUUUGGACUGCACUCUUCAAAGAUUAGAACAAAAUAAAACAGUGAAAAUCCAAAGUCACGUUUCUCUUUUCUCUCCCAGCAAACUCUAUAACACGAUAUUUGAGCUGAAGUAAAUAUUUAGAUUAACGUUUGUCUCAUUUUAGUUCAUCAACAUGCUUUCAUAUGAAAAUGGAUAUUUGAUGAUUUACACAGACACAUCGAAUGACGGCCUCCACCUUGUUCUCAUUACACGUUAAAUCGUCACACUUUGCCUAUAUUCCCCCCUCGUGUUCGCCAGUUUCUCCUCUUCCUCACUGCUUUGGUUGGAGGAAGGAGUGGAUGCCUCACACACUCUCUGCUUGGCAUGCGGGGGAAGGUCUCUGUGCCACAGGUCUAUUUCUGAGCAUGAAUGUCCCCGGGGCCCUGUUAUUAGACAAUUAGAUAUGCACAAAUGUGUGUGAGUGCUGCUGUGUUCAAACAAAGUAGCCAGUAGAAAACAGAGGCAGGAAAUGGGACUCUAAUGGGCAUAUUAUUCACGGUUUUAUGGGCUAUUUGUUGAUCAGCUUUCACAGGCUUUGAGGAUGUUUGAUUGCACACACGUGAAGUCCUCUUGGCUGGAAACGUCAAAGUAAUCCCCUCGUCUGUCCUCGAGUUUUCAAGAGGGUCUUUAAAGGAGGACAACAGAUGUCGCGGCAAAGUGCACAUUGUGUCAGUAAUGGGCCACUUAGCACUGAAGUGACACGCGUUAGCUUAAAGCAGCUGAGUGAAAGGAAGGAAGGUCAAGGCCACCCACUCCCGUCAUGACCCCAACUUGACCUUUAACCCCUGGUGACGGUUUGACUUAACCUGCUGUUAGACGGCUCCUCUUGUUAUAGGUCGUCGGUGCGUGUGCGUCGGUGCUACACGUUGUUUAUUUGUGCUGUCACUGUGUGGCUGUAUCGCUCACCCUUUUCACCCUUUCCCCUCUCUCUCUUCCGUCUCAGGUCUGUCAAUCUGCGGCCACAACUGCCUGCUGACAGCCGAGUGGAUGUCAGCCAGUAAGAUAGUGUGCCGCGUGGGUCCUGCCAAAGAUGACAAGGGAGAAAUUAUCGUCACCACCAAGUCUGGAGGUCUCGGCACCUCCACCGUCUCCUUCAAACUGAUCAGGCCUGAGAGGAUUGGUAAGACGUCUGCAUUUCUUUUCUGGAAUUAGCGUCGCAAUAAUGAUUAUUUACAAAAGCAGUACGACUAUUGUUCAAUUUGUUCUUUUAUUUCCUGACAGUGCUCAGACUAAACACUCCAGCCACAGUCAGGAAAAAUACAUGUGAAAAGCCCCAAAAACUCACGGUGACGUCUUCAGAAUGUUUGGUUUUUAAAAACCAACAAGUCAAAAGCAAUAAUUAUUUAUUCGACAGUGAUAUAGAACAGACUCAACAGCAAUUCCUCAUAUUUAAGAGGCUGAACACGGAGUUUGUGCCGAUAAACAACAAACAAUCAAGAGUUUCUGCGCUCCAGUCGUUCAUUAAUCCUAAAAUGUUAAGACGGUCUGGAUGAAUCCUGUAUCAUGUGUCCUCUCUGUUUACUCCGAGUUUAUUCAUUAGAAUUUUAAAUAAGAAGUUUUCUAUUCAGGACGGGAAAAAGGAAGAGCAAAGAAGAAUCACAUUCAAACUGACAAAACAAAAGCGAGAUUGUGUUCACUCCUUCGACAAACAACAUCGACACAUUUAACUCGACACCGGGCGACUUCUCAGAGUUUCGCUUGGCAGGAGGAUUUUUGCAGCAUCUACAGGCUGUGUGAAAGAAAACGACUCAGCAGCCAUGACUUCACUCAAUGAUUUAUUUAAAGCUUCUAGUUUGUUAAAUUUGGCACGGCUACACCUCUGUCCUGAUUCCACAAGGUCGCCUUACUAUAAGGAAUCCCUGCUUUAGCACCUAUUUUACUCUGAGCAGAAAUAUUUAAAGAAGUUGUAAGGAAUGAGUGAAACGACAUACUCAUUUAAAAAAGCCAUAAACUUCUACAUAAUCCAACUUUUUUUCAACCUGCUGGAAAUAAAAAAGGUUCACAUCCAUGUAGGCCUCCCUCUCUGAGAACAAGAGGUGAUGUUUUGUAUAUUCACUCCAAGAAUAGGUAACAUAUGUUAGAAAGCAGAUUAAACAGAACUAGCUCUGGCGUAUUAAAAGAGAAACACAGAAGUGAUCAGGUACAUUAAAUGAUGCUGACUGAAUAUGAGCGUGUGCUCCGGUGUGUGCCAGUCCUCAUCUGGAGUGGAGUUCAGCUCACUAAUGCGUGUCAUGCCUCUCCUGUCCCGCCCUUUCCUGCAGGUAUCCUGGACCAGUCUGCCGUGUGGGUGGAUGAGAUGAACUAUUACGACAUGAGGACUGACCGCAACAAAGGCAUCUCCCCUCUGUCCCUGAGACCCAGCAAUCCGCUGGGCAUCGAGAUAGACAAGUACGGACCGAGAACAUGCGAAUACACACAAAUCGCUCAGCACGAUCACACCACCAUAAACACACGCACUCUUCUUAUUGAGUCAUGGUUUACAUCCCCAAACAGAAACAAACUCUCCCCAUAUGCAGGCGUUUGAAAUAUUAUGCCAACACAGCAAUGGCUGGGCAGCCUCUAACCGCCGCUCACAGGGAGUGGAAACACAAUAAUUGUGUAUAAAACAGAGAGGACGACGAUAGAAAGGGAUUUGGAAAGAACCAAAGCUGUAACCCACACACAUGUUUGUACGCUGCUUCGGAGCAGGCGGCGUGGUGCUGCCUCCCACGCGCCUGGCAGGGAGCGCAGAAGUUGUAAUAUAUAGUUUGUGUUGUCAGGUUCUGGCAUUUCUAGCUCAGUGUUUGUUUGCUUUAGAGGGGCCAGGGGCAAGUGACCGCUCGUGGCCAGAGACGAGACCCCCGUUUACAGGCUGUACUAUUCAUUCGUCCUCCAGGACUUCUCUAAACAUCCAGUCUGCAAAGUCUACACAAUCAUCUCUGACUGUUAAAGUCUCUUUUGUUUGUGUUGAUCUUCGAAAAGAGAGUUUUCUGAAUGAAAUGCUCCUUCAGGUGUUUGCCCCAGUGCUCGGCCUUAACAUGGACCUCAGAAAGAAGGUACUGAAGGUUUUUAAAUCUUAGAGUAAAGUGGGGUUUUAUAAGUGGGUAUUAAGAAGAUGGUACUGGGUACUUUGCAAAGUGAGUCUACUGAGCUGCCAGCUGACCCACCGUCAAGAGUGCAAGCAUGUGCUACAAACACAAUAUUUACCCCAAUAAAAGAGAGUGGGAGUCAUUCUUAUUAUACAUUUAACCAGAAGACUGUUAAAUCAUAUGCAAAUUAAUACAUUUGAUGCUUUAAACAGUUGAAUUAAUCAGAAAAUCAACAAUAAUCCCUUCUUUUAUACAUAACUGCAUUUCCCCACGUAUGUUUUUAAUGAACAAGAAUCCCCAACAGAAAUCCUCAGAUCACACAAUAUUGACAUUUGCAUCUCAUUUCACAAGCUGAUUUGCUUAAAGGGGCUUUUAUUGUUAACAUGUUGUGUUUUCUUAUAUCUAACAUCGAGGAAACUCGCUCUGCGCAUGUGCUUAAAACCCUUUCAGAGGUGUGAUAUUGAAAAGAUCAUGUAGUGAGUAAGAUAGUGGAUAUCUGAAUAAUCCCUGCAGAGUCGUCACAUCUAAGAUCCUGAAACAUGCCACUGACAACAGCAGAGUAAUGCUUGGAAAUCAAGGCUCACUCUAAUUUACUUUUAAGUCUCCAUUAUUGUUAUUAAAUGUGACAUUACUGAGCAGGAGUUGAACACAUGUCAGUAACAUACUCGGUUAUAAUUCUUCUUUAGUCUUUAUAAAAAGGUUUUAAAAACAUCUGGGUAAAAAAAAAUCUCUCAAAGUUGUAUAAACUGUUUUAAAAUCUGCAUGUAUGUUUAUUAUGUCAUUUUUAAAUACCUGAAAUCGACAUGUUUCAGUGUGUUGAUGUAUAAACUAACAUUUAACCUUUUUAACAACUACUUGAAGUGGAUGCCACAGGCUCAUGGUUUGUGUUUGCACACAUGAAACUCUCCAUUCAGAGGAUGUGGGUUUUAUUUAUAACAUUUCUCAGAUUGUAAUACUGUAACACUGUUUGUGUGUCGGUUCCCCUCUACUGUAUACAUGUGUGUGUGUGAAAAUGCGUAGUGGGUGGUGGCGGUGAAGGUAGGGGGGUUUGGUUUGCAUAGGCCACGGGUCAUUAGUAGAGAUCAAGCUUCCCUAAUGAGUGCUGGGUCCUCCAGGGGAACCCAGGCGUCACACACUGCACUUCCCACGCCAAGCUCUCUCAGCCUGGCUACUUUUGGCUGCACGCUGCCCCCUGCUGGAUGAGCUGGUACCAGUAACACAUGAGAAAUUAUUUUGCAGUGCAACGCUCCUCAUUCAGAAUCUAACAUUUAAAUACUUGUGUUGUGUUUAUAGUCCAAUUUAAAGUCGUGGUCUUUUACCUGUUAACUCAUAUUUGAAGUGUAAGUACAGUUGAUAUCUUAUUUGUUUGUCUUUCAUCUUCCAGAGGCAAGUUCCCACCCAAAGACUUGGAGCUGACAUUUCCGGGAAUGAGCGGAGACUUCACCAGUGAGAACUUCUCUGCCACCUGGUACCUCAUCGAAAACCACGCAGGAUCCAGGUAGGUCUUUGGCUUUAAUACUUUUUAUCGUCUUAUAAAAGGAGUCACAAGCAGUUAAAGCUUUAAAGCAGUGAAGAGGGACAAGGGACGCUUUUGUAUCUCAUAUUUUUGAUCGAGGGAAUAGAGACGAGGAAGGCAGGAGUUUCUUUCUGUUAGUGACCCCUCCUUUUCUCUUGAGGACCUUCAUUUCUUGAGUCGUACUUUCUGCUGACAGGUGAGAUCGGCUGCAGGUAAACCUUUUCAACAGAUCCCCUUUAGUACCUUCACUCAGCAGAACAUUAUGACCAAGACUGGUCCAGUAAAGAUGCGGCUGGUUAAUGAAUUACUCUCUUACUUCAAACUCCUCUCUUUCUGUUUGACGGUACAGCUCAGUAUUUGGGGAUUUUUUGCUGGUAGCAUGAAAUAAAACAUCCUCUUGGCCAGUUUUCACAAUUUCCUGACAUUUUAUACACAAAAUGAGUAAUCUAUAAUUAUCUUUAAUUGGAAAAGAUCACCGCGACAAGAAAUUAUCGCAGCCCGUGUGACGGCUGUGACUGGUUUCAAAAGUUAAUGUCUUGGAGAAAAAGAUGUCCACAGUAAGGAUUUAGUUAUUCGGCCACAUCCUCACUGGAUCGUCUGAUUUAGAGGAACACUUGAGUUCGCAGACGAGGCAGCCGGCUGACCCAGAAGCCCUGAGCCCAGCUGACUGUCAUUUCAGGGCAGAACAGAGUUAUUUUGGACUCUCCUGGUUUCCUCUCCCCCUCGUUUAGCCUCCCAGUAACCCAGACCCCAGGAUCCAGCAUGACCAGGGGCCUCUGUUUGGACCUCGCCGGGUGACUGUUUCUUCCUGCGGAGGAAACCUCACUCAGGACACUGACACACGUACUCACGCUGGCCCAGAAGUGGGUCGGGUUUCUGAGUCACAUGCUUGUUAGUGUGCAGAACCACCAAAAAACAUGUCUCAACAGAAAUGACAAAGAAGUUAAAUUUAGUUAUUUUGUUUUGAUUUCUUUAUUGUUUUCUAUUUUCACACUUAAUAUUGAGCAAAAAUAGGUUGUUUGGAAAAAUAAACGUAUUAAUGUAUCAGGGAAGGAACCUGCCCACAGCUCGGGGGAAUAAUAACGGUUUGUAUACAAGAAGAAAAACAUAAUCUUAACGGCAUCAAAGUACAUAAAAAUACUUAAUGGUGCUUUCAAAUAAAUAUAAAACACAAUAAAUGUUUUCCUCAAAAUCCAAUCAGCAGAUUUACUGGCAAUAAUUCUUCAUAUUUCAGCUGCUUGAGCCUCAUGAGGCCAUAAAAAUAUGUAAAAUAUUCGACGAGUGAAACAUCGUCGGCUUUAUUUAAUGGCAUCCCUCUUUUUUUCAGUUUUGAGCACCUGAAGUUCGCAGCCGGCAACCUGAAGAAACAGGCGACCAAGAAGAACGAGGGGAGUCUGGCUUAUGUGAAAGGAGGCCUCAGCACGUUCUUCGAGGCUCAGGACGCUCUGGCAGGUGAGGGGAUUAACACUAGCACCAAAUAAUCCGCAAUUAAUACAAAAACUUCCAAAUCAUCACUCUUCAUCUCUGCUUCGGAAAGAGCUCUUGAUUUUUUUGGAAAGUCCGCAGUAUUAGUCGUGUCUUGGGAAUUUUCUCUCCACAAAUGUGGUUUUUGCAGCGGUUGAUUAAAUAGCCUCAUUUGGUUGCUGUGUGAAAACCCUCGACUCACUGCUACGGUUACAGCAGCCAACCACAACACGGUUAAUUCACCUUCAUCAAAAUGAGAUCAGCUCUCACCUGUCACACACAGCCUCACGUUAAAGACACACACACAUAGACUUCGUACACCAGAAAGAUUUCAAGAUAGCAGAGACUGACUGCUGUCGCUCUGCCAGGUAUCUCACAUCAAUUGUUUGCUUCAUCAUUCAUACUUUUGUCUGUUUACUCUCUCCUCCCGCCAUAGCCGCUCAGUUACUUCCCCUUACUAUUUAUACGUACACUUUUCUGCCUCCAUCAUUAUUAUUAUUGCUUUCCCAAUGUUUGUGCCCCGGUUGGGAGAGAGGCAAUGUUUUCAUUGUUAGUGGCUGAAUCUAAAUAAACGGAGCAGCUCCACACAAUGCAGGCCCAAGUAUUAGGACUGAUAGUGCUGAUAACAGACCCAAUAUGACCAAUGGGAACAAUGCGCAGUCAUUCUCACGUUCAGACUGAGCGUGCCUACUGUGUGCCCACUACCCCAAUGGGAAAUGUACAGAUUAGAGGAAAUGGGGCAGCAGAGAUGGACUCAAGUGACCUGUGAACCGAGACGACGUCAUGCUGAUUUAGGACCCAGUGGAGAGGAUGGGAUUUAUUUUAUCCGUGCGAUUAUAUGACUGUUUGGAAAAACACGCAGCGAAAGUAAACUUUCUAAAUAAAAACAGGAAAACAGUCAUGGUGGAGUGACGCAGUUAUAAAUAUGUGAAUGAGCAGUGGAGCUGAAAGAUUAGUUGACGUUUUUGACAAAAAUCAAUAAAAAGUCGUCAAUGAGGUGUCACCAGACGUUUUUUUUUUCCAAUAGAGUGAGGAAUCUGACUUUAUUACGAUCUCUGCCUAAAGUCAUACAUGCGCAAUGGCAUCUCCGCCGAGUGGUAGCCGAUAUUUUUUUUUCAACGGAUGGAAGGGGAAGGUCCCGCCUCCUUCUUCCUGAUUGGCUAGAAAAGCUGGGCUCCGAUUGGUUAUUCCUUAUGGCUGUGAAACGUCAUCACACGCUCAAGCCGAGCGCGGGCUGUCGGCUCUGUACAUCGAACAGAACAUUACAGAACAUUAUCGCACUUCUGAAUCUCCUAACCCUAACCCUAACCCGACAGACGAUGACGUUUCACAGCCAUAAGGAAUAACCAAUCAGAGCCCAGCACUUCUAGCCAAUCAGAGGCAAAGGAGGGUCGGAUCUUCACCUACCAUCCUACAAAAAAAUAUCAUCCUGUACAGCAGCUAUGAGUACGCGCUUAAAAACCUUAAAAACCUUACAUAUCACGGCAGCACGUCAGAAAGUUGGAUGAUCAGUUAGACUUGCCUUGGUAAAAUAUUUGCUUCAUAUCAAGCAUACUGAGACAUCACAAACAAAACGUAUUGGCUUGAAUGUACAUUUUAGAGGCGUAUUUUGGCUUUAAAAGUCAUGCCUGACUGUCCGAUUGCAGCCCUUUAGAAUAUAUAUAUAUAUUUUUUUACACUGGAGAAGAUUUUUUUUCAUCCAUGAAGGGUGAUCGUUAUUGCUGCAAAUGAUCAACUCCAUCUGUAGCCACACGUCUUUGUUUUUAAAAAAGAAAUACUAAAUCCGGAACCUUAAAAGAGUGACAUACAAUUUGACCAGUACAAUUCACCAUUUAUACUUUUGCAUCAGUGAAAACUUUCCAAAAACAACACUUGACGAAAAUUAAAGAACAUUAUGAAAACUCAAAAAGAGCAACAUUUUUAUUCUAGGAUUCACAAACAGGCAGCAGAUUUGGCUUUUAUGGAAACCAUAUAGACAAAUGUGCAGUAAAUACUAGUCAUGAUGACCACAUUACAAAGCUCUAAAACCUACCUGCUCCAUGAUGUGCUGAAUCUAAACGUUGUUGGACAUGCUCAGUUGCAGCUGAAGCACUCUGUACGUGAGCUGUAAAUGUGUGAAAGUCCUCCCCUUUAUUCAUAUCUAACUCCCCCUUUGCCGAUUUCAUUCCCAGCAAACAAACAGUUUUACACUCCGGGCCUCUGAGGAUCAUUUUAAAGCUCUCUGACUCAUUACUGCACUAAAACAUCCUCUCCCUGCCAAGGUUUGGCUCUCAGUCAUAGAAAAAGAAGUGGUGGCUCAGAAUGGAUAGUUUUAGUGGAGAUAUUCUGUAUACUGUAGACGGUCAGCCAAACCGACAUACCAGCCUGCACGCUCUCAGCAGUCAGCCAGCUCGAGACAGCUCUGCAACAGCUCACUGCCAGGCCUCUUUAGCACAGCUGUCUAAGUGACUGUGAAUCCUUUCUUUGUCUCCCUGCAGCAUUUGGCAGAUCUCUGUUUUCCUGAGUCAUUCCAAAUGAAUCUUACCUUCGAUUUUCGCUGCGAAAACUGUAAAAAGGAACCAACAGGGAACUUGUGUGUUCUCCUUGUUCGGGAUUUGCGAGUGCUUCCAGCCCUCUCAAUCACCAUCAAGUCAUUUCUGUCUCCUCUGCUGUUUAUUUUCAGUUCUGCUCGCAUGUGAGAUUUUUAUUGAUGACUAUAAUAGAAGUCUGGAGUUAUUGUAUAACGCGAGCGAGCGAGCAAGGUGGAAACAAGGAAAAGAAGCCAAAUCUGGGAAGAAGAAAUGGAAAAAUAAAUGCUGGAAAAAUAUUUACAGCAAACAGCUGGAUUGUGACUUCAGUAUCCGCGGCGGUUUGCCCGGUUUCUCUUCUCGUAUCCCUCUAAUCAUCUCUUAAUUGCUCUUAUGAAUAACUGAUCAUUCACAGCAGAUACAGAUGACUUUUAAGACUUUGAGCUUUGUGUGUGUUUAACAACUACAAACCACGUAUGCUGCUGUUAAUGUUAUUCACAAAUAUCAGGGUUUUUUAAAGUAGGGGUGGGUGAUACGUCUGUUUUAUUACAGCGCAAAAUCAAAGACAGUUUUGCAGGUGACUGACCAGCACAACCAGACAAAGUAAACUAAAAUAUACUUGUUAAAGGAAUUAGAGUAUUUGGGCGAAAGCAGCUUUUUUUGCAGACUUCAUCUCUGCGCAGUUUGUCCACAACGUACCAAGUAUAACCGACAUGAAACAAAACUUCUGACAUGGUGGAGACUUUGAGUGUACUCAGCAUACAAAAUUCACAGCAGUUUGAGAAGUUGAAUAAGAAUAUCUCUGCUGUGAUGGCCACUCUUGCAGAAUAAAAGCUCUUUUAUUAUGCCAUAAUAAUUUAACUUUGUUUUUGAGGAAGCUCACAGGAUGUUACUUUACAUUUUAAUGUUAAUUGUCUUGUGCUUUAUGUAUCAAUUUCACUUCUGGUAGGAUUCAAGCCUUAACUCAACGGUCAACAUAACCAAAUAGUGCGGGUCUGGUGUAGUUUAAUCUUCUCUCUACAUUUCUCAUUUUGUUUUGCAUGAUAUAUGUGAGGUAUUAAGUUAGCAUUUUAAAUUACAUUUAAAAUGAUUUGAAAUCAAUUUCUCCUCAUAAAUGAGUAAAGAUUAGUCACAGCAUUUCUUUCUGCUUUCUCUCUGCACCUUUACCAUCUUUGCAGUGCACCAAGUGUGUGUAAUUUGACACCGACGGUCUGUUGCUCCUCUGAAACACUGACAACUCUGAGGAAAACCUUAAAACUGCACUUUUGCAGUGCUGGACAAUUAAUCAAAUUUUAAUCAUGAUUUCGAUUUUCAUUUCUUAACGAUCAUAAAAACAUUGUAAUCGAAGAAAAAGGAUUCAUGUGCUGCACGGUGCAGCGUGGACAUAAGUUCCUGUUGUUUUAAGUUCAAGUUAAAAGUUAAAUGUUGUUGGUUCAAUAAAUACUCAAGUCUUGAAUGAAUAAUCGUCUUUAUUAAUCAGGAUUUCAAUAUCAGUCAAAACAAUUGUGAUAUUUUCACCAUAAUCGUCCAGCCCUACACUGUUGUGAUAUUUAGUUUGUGCAGGUUAAUAAUGAAGUAGAUUCACUCAAUGUGGUGGAUGUGCUGUUUGUUUGUUCUGUGGUCAGUAUUGGUGCGCCGGGUCUGUGCGUGUGUGUUUGGACAUAGAGCUGAACUAGAUAGAAUCUGCAGAUACCACGACCUCUCUGCGUUUGCAGCUUCUAACGCUUCAUCUCUUCUUUCUAAUGAAAUAUCCCACAAAUCCAGACUGGAGAUGUCAAAAUAAGAGCUUUAAGCUAAACUGAAACCUCCAUGUUGACCUUUAACAAAUCAAACAUUACACAUUAAAUUCAAUGUUUUUGUUAGUUUUAUAAAGUUCAGUGUUGAUUUUCUGUGUGGUGGCCUCGCUGCUAACUUUUUUAUUAUCACAACAAUAAUUCAGGAUCCCUUUGGCACAGAUCUGGAUGUUGAGACCCUGAAAGAUGCAGAAGAAUUAAUGAGUAUAUCUCUAGUAGAAGGUCACUGUGAAGAUUUUUUUUUAGUAUAUUAAUAUAAAAUUAAAAUCAAAUGUCUCUCAGUUCUUUUUACUGUCAGAAACUUCUUUGUGAAGUGACCUAAAGCUCCAAAUCUUGAGAUAUAAAAGCUUAAAAACAGAAAACGGUUCAGAUUAUCGCUUGUGAAAUCUCCCCAGCAGGACAAAGAGUUUCAGGGAUAAUUGAUAAUUGAUUGUUGCAGCUCUGUUUGAGUCCUCAGACCUGAAAUUAAAGCGUGUUUUCUCUCAGCUGUGUUUGAGGUCCAGUCUCAUGGUUUAUAUCUGACUGUUUGUACGAGUUUUGAGCUCCGAUUGUGUUUGGAGCUGACCUGAUUUUUAUGCAAGUUUCAGGAAAUCUCAUUAAAUCAUUUUUGCCCAACCAUCUCGGGGACAUUUUGUUUGAUAUAAUAUUUAAGUUGUUUGCAGAAGGGAAUUUUUUGCAGUGAGAAAACAAGUGAUCCUGUAAACUUUCCAUGUGAACCACCGCAGACUGCUGAAAGAAAUGGAAGGUUUUGGAGGGGUUGUGACUGUUUGUUCGUGGAGCCUCGGUGACAAAUAGAGAGCCGUGUUUCUGAGCCCGAGCUGCUCCGGCUGAUUGACUGGACUGACAGACUGCUGGAGAGUCCAGGGUUGUUUCUACUAAAAUGUUGAAAUUUGAGGUUUUUCAUUGUUGUGUGAAAAGGAAGUCUCCCAGUAAUGCAGGAAACGGAACGGCUACCGUGUUCCAAAAAUGCCAGAUUCCCAGGGCCUAUUCCCCGAGCCCCCAGCCCCGGCAGGAGUCAAAACAUCGUCCAGCUUUAGAAUCCAGGGACACUUGUAUUUUUAUUCUUAUUCAUUUCUUUUUUUUCCCUCGACGGUUCCAGGAAGUGAAGCUGGAGCUGCAGCUCUUCCUCGGGGUCCUGGCUCGGUGUGUUAUCCGGACUCUGACCUGAUGUUUAGGUUAGCUGUGACGUCAGGAACACUUCAGUGUGUGACAGAUGUAGAGGACGCACAGCUGGCAGCGGGACAGGGAGGGGGGGAGUAUGGAGACGUGAAGCAGACCUGCAGCAUGUGUGUCUUCCUCUGUGUUCAGCCUAUCAAUCCUGGGCACUCCCGUUUACCCUCCUCUGCCGACGUGCUCUUGUCCUAACCAAAAUUUCUAACGCUGAGGUCCGCAUGAGGGUCAGUGAUGUCCAAACCGAUUAGGCCGUGGCAUGUUUGAACAGUGUGCUCUAGGAAUACCUCGGUCUCUGCCUUGAGGCUUCUGUCUGUCAGAGUGGACCCACAUAUUUAUUUACAGAGCUCUCCUCCUUCACUCUCCUCCCCGCUCCCUCCGCCGUCUCCAACCGCUGCUAACAGCCAGUACCAGCGCUUUUAGCUCGGAUAGGGAUGAAAGAAAACAUCACUCCAGUUCAAGCUGAACUGCUCAGAGGAUAUAUUUUUACUAGUAUAUCAAAAAUGUGAGUCUCUGAUUGUGGUUGAUCAUCUUAGCAAUUUUUAAAAUAUUGAACCAAAACUUUGGACUGAAGAUUUUCAAAGAUGCAAACUCUGCAACCGUUUCUUUCAACUUGUUCAAAAAGACACCUGAGAUUUGUCGCUGGGGAUUUUUUUCAAACUUUCCGGACCAGAAUUGGGGUCAAAAGCGUGUUUCAUAAUUCGUCAUUUUAAACAGAGGGAGAUGACUUUGCAGUACGACAACAGUGAAGGAGGUUUCCAAAGUGCAGGGGGAGCCUUAAAGGGACAGUAGCAGAAAUGGCGUGUUUUGUACAGAAGAUUAAACGAGCUCAAAGUUACAAAGCACCAGAAUCUGUCCACCUACAACACUUCUGUUUACACUUUCUUCACUCUGUUGUCAAAAUCUGAUUCCCAUUUGUCGCUCAUGAUCAAAUAUUGAAGACAGUGCAGAGACGCGGAGUUCCUGGGCCUCUAUCUUCUUCCUUUUUUCUCCUCUUCAUUCUUGAGAUGUCUCCUUCCUCGCUGCAUAUUUGAAUCACUUUACAACUAUGUAUGAGAAGGUCUCCUCAGCCUUCUCCAGCUCUCCUCUCGCUCUGUCAAUAAACCCACACUGCAGCUCUCAGCACCCAGCUGCCCACUACUGCACUUCAUUUAUUUAUCCACUGGGGCAGCCACACCGCUCGCUCUGCCUCUCUCUCUCUCUCUCUCACCUCUCCUCAGACUCCCUCUAAGCCAUCAGAGAGCUCCUCCUGCCUCCCCUGACCUCCAGCUCUGCUUCUCCCAAAUGUUAUUUUUCAGAGACUUGAAACAUUUGAGUUUCACGGUGCCUCCAGGUCAGAGGGCUCCAAAUGUCCCAAAACCACAGAGUGCCUCUGUUAAUGGCUUUGCUGAGGUGAAUUGAUCCAGUACAGUCACUCUGGAACAAGGUCAGGUCUUGUUGCGUGGGAACAGGCACAAGAGGAGGGGGGGGGGGGGGGGGGGGUUUAGCAGGAGCAGCAGCAUCUGUGGGUGUGGCUCUGUGAGGUUAUCUCCCAUCUACCACUGGGGUAGGGUCUGUUUAUUGUUUUACCUUCAGUUCCUCAAAUUGAAAUUGUUCUCAUCUCAGGGGAUUGAACGUUGGUUUCUCUACAGUGUGGCGGACUGUUUCCGUCUCCUUUCCUGCUAAUAUUUAUUAUUUUUCUGAUUUUAAUUCAUGUUUUUUUUCUGUCUCUUACAAUCCUAUUCAAAACUAUUAAAUAAAAACUUUUGUGUUGCAGCGAUCCACCAGAAGCUGGAGUCUGACGGGACAGAGAGAGUGGAGGGAUCGAUGACCCAACGACUGGAAAACAUCCUCAACAGUAAGAAUCGUUUAGUCAGACAAACUGGAGACGGUGUUUAUUUACAUUUCUCCUCAUGAUCAACCCCCCAAGAUCUCCACUCUUGGUUUAGUUAUGUACCAUAUACUGAUACCAUAUACAAUAAAAUACAAUUUUAUUUGUAGAGCACAUUUAUAAGCAACCAAGUCGACCAAAGUGCUUUACAUAGACACUAAAAAACAAACAAAAUCAACACUCAGCGAAAUACAAGAGCAGACCAGAUAAAAGCUAUUAGAAAGUAAUCAAUGAAUCGACAAUAUGUGAUUAGGUUGUGUUAACAGCCAUAGAAUAAAAGAGUGUUUGAGACGUGAUUUAGAAAUAGCUGGAGUGGGGGAGUUCUAUAGUCUGGGCCCAGCGACAGAAAACGCACGGUCCCCUCUGCCCUGGAGUCGUGUUUGAGGGAUUUCAAAGAGUGAUUUGUCUGUGGAUCUGAGGGACGGAGAGGGGACAUGUGGCUUUAAAAGUUCAGUCAAAUAAAAAGGGGCAAACCCAUUGAGCGCUUUAAAAACAAACAUUAAGAUCUUAAAAUCAACUCUUAAAUGUACCGGGAGCCAGUGUAGCGCUGCCAAGACUGGAGUUGUGUGGUCACGUUUGCAUGUGCCGGUCGUUCUGGACCAGCUGUAGGCGGGCAAGCGAGGACUGACUGAUGCCAAGGUACAGUCCAUUGCAAAAGUCCAGUCUUGUGGAGAUAAAAGCAUAAAAGAAUCUCUCAAAGUCUAAAAACGAUAUAUACUACUACAUACAACAAAUGAGGAACAAACCAUCGGUGUGGUACUCUGAAAACUUGUACAGGAUUAGUAACAUUUCAGGGGAAAAUCAUGAGGUCUGGGACAAUACGCUUUUCUCACAAUUCGGUCCUUCGUUUUUUUUUAUGCCAAUCCGAUUUAAAUUGCGAAUCUACGAUAUUGUCGACUUUCUCAAUAUUAAUUCUGCAUUUUUAACACCAGUUAAACAGUUGGAUGAUUAUGAUUGUCUACUGACUAUAACAGGAACCAUAUUUCCCCCAAAACUACACAUCACAAAAGUCAGUUUUUAAGAUUUAUCCUUAAAUUUGAAUAAAAAAAAUCGAUUUCUGAACAUAAAAAUUAAUCUAAAAAUCGGAAAACUAAAAAUCGUGAUACUUAUAUGAAUUGUUUUUUUACUCCCACCCCUAAAAAUCAGCCUGUUUUUGUUUGAUGAUAUUAAUCCAGGCUUAAUCAGCCUCUCUGAGAAUUGGGUCUGUAAUUUUUGAAGAGGUGCUCUGCCACUUUUUCUGCUGCUUUCCUCUCAAAAACGAAGCAUGUUGGAUUCAAAUUCAACUGAAGCAUUUUGCUGCACGAUGUGGAGACCUUAAAUCCUGCAGCACCUCUAAGUUUUAGAUCAGUAAAUUUGAGUGAAAACUAAAAAAGGAAAUGUCAAGUAUGUCGGAAACCCUGUGAUAUCAGAUAAAAAUCUGAUAAAGGGAGUGUAAGCUGACAAAGCAAAAGUCUAAAUGAGAGCAGACUUGAUCCUCUGCUGCUUCACCCCCAACACCAACACACAGACUCAUCACAUGCUGCACAGCGUGUCUAUUUCCAGACAUGUUUGGACAUCUUCCCCACAUUUGCGCAGCAGAAACCUCAGCAGAUCUUGUGUUCCCACCCUCUCAUCUCAUACAUGAUAAUGUGCCGCCUUUAAUGGAGGGUCAAUAAUCAGGUCCUUUUCCCGGACUCUUGAAUAAAUAAACCCCACAGCCGGACAUAGCUUUCAUCCCCACAGCCCACACUCGCGGGCUUGUUACCCAGCGGGGCCGGGCCACCGUUCACCCCCUGAGAUGCAUGCGUCAGACAUACAGCGCCCGUCAGCCAAUCCCAUAAAAGCACAUUAGCUUCAUGACAACAUAGGCUGGUGAGUGAAAAAUGUGAACUAUUCCUCCGUUCAGUCCCAUGCUGUUUUUUUUCUUCUUCGGGGAUUUGUUUUGGGGGGAGGGGUUUGUUUUAAAUAGAAACUUUUUUUUUCCAGUUUGACGGCACAUCCAAGGCCACCCACGAAGCCAGCUAGUCGUGCAAAGGUUGUACUCGGCUGUCAGACUCAGAGAUAGCUGUCACUUUGUAAGUCUGCUGUGUCAGAGAGCAUAGAAAGCAGGAAGAAAACCAGAGGCCGACAUUAAAAGGGAAAUGUGGUAUCAACAUUUAUUUUUACAGUAUCCCAGUUUCUCAUUUUCUCCUGCCUCUUCCAGUCUCUCACUCUCCUCCUCGCUCUGUGUUUCUCGUAGGAGCGAGUGAAACCGCAGAUACUCUCUUCCAGGAGGUUUUGGGGCGGAAAGACAAAGCCGACUCCACACGCAAUGCACUCAACGUCCUGCAGCGUUUCAAGUUUCUCUUCAACCUGCCACUCAACAUCGAACGUAAUAUCCAAAAGGUACAAAUGUUCAAUGAAGACCACAUUCAGCAACAAAAGCAGAGCAAACGAGGUUUCCCCUUCGCCUCCACACCAGCAAGCUUUUAACUUUCAGCUCUCUGGUAAAUGCAGGGGGGGUUGAGUCUGAUCUAGUGUAACCUCUCUAUGCAAAGUGUUAUUCAUGAAGCUCUUAAGAUAUUUGGGUUUUAAUAAUCAGACAUUAUUGUUUUAAACAAGAAAAAAGAGAAAAUUAACUUUUCAUUUUUCAUAGCUGAGUAGUAAUAAAAUCAAAAUCCCACUUAUUUUCAUGGCCCUCUGUGAAAAUGAAGUGUGUUUUAUGUUGAUUAUAGAGUCCAAAUUAAAAAAUGAUUCACAAUUAUAUCCAAAUUGUCAACAAUAAAUCCUUGAACAUCUUCAAACAGCACCAAAAAGUUAUGAUCUGACUUAUAUUUUGUCAAGAAAUACAUUUUUAACUGGAUCACAGACAUGAUACUCAUAUUGUAUUUUUGUUGAAAGCAAAGAAACUGUUUUAAAAUCAUAUUUAUCAUUAAUUUAUUUGUCUAAACACCUUAAAAAUCAUAUGAGCAAGCAAAGCAGAGAGCCAUUAUAAUGACAUUACUGUAAAGACUUAUAAAAACAACAUUUCUGUUUGAAAACGGUGAAGGAGAAAUUAGAUUUUAAGCUAAUUUUGUGCUUUUUUUGUCAUUAUAUAAAGAAAUCAUAGAGAUUAGAUCAGGUGACUGGACGGUUAGAGAAGGAAAAGACGUGUAUUAAAAGGCGAGGGUCUGAACUGAACCCUGGCUGGUCGUAUUGAGUACAUCAGGGUACAGUUUUACCACAGAACCGUAUCAGCACCCUAAACAAGAUCAUCUACCAGGUGACCCCCAACAGUGCACGUCAGAAAGUAGACACUUCAGGGUUUUUCAUGAGUGUUGUUUGUACUUAAAAGAAGGUCAACCUUCAGACAGUUUUGGCCCCUGAAGGCUUCCACCAUGUUGGAAGGAGCUCCCUCACAGGAGAGCUGAUCAAUUAAAAUAAAGCUCUGAUCAGGCGCUCUAACUCCCUCCAUGUUUUUUCCUCAGGGUGAUUAUGACGUCGUCAUCAAUGACUAUGAGAAAGCCAAAUCUCUCUUUGGCACCACAGAGGUUCCUGUUUUCAAAAAAGGUAAACACAUUUCCUUCUUUCCUGUCUUUUCUUUUCAUGACAAACAAAUAAAAUAAUCAAAAAUCUCCCUUUGUCGUAGUUUAUGCUGAGGUUGAAAUGGGGAUCGCCGCUCUGAGGACCCUCUUACUGGAAAAACUGCUACAGACUCCAUCAACGCUGCACGACCAGAAGAGAUACAUCAGGUGUCUAAACUCUUUCAUUGCCUCUCACUUCCUUUAACGUUGAGCUCCUUUAGCGUGUCACACUCUCUCUCCACGUAGCCGACAGUCUGUGUCACUGUAAAGCCAUGUCUGCUCGCUCUGUCGUACUCCUUUAUUACCCUCCUCGGGGUUUCUUUUAAGUCUGCCGUGUCAUCGUUUACCAGAACUUUGUCCACUUUCUUCUCUGCUCCUCACUUUUCUCUGAACAUUCAAAGGUCUCGUCAGCGUUUGUUCUCCUGCUCUCUCUUUGUUUCUGUCUCUAUUUUUCCCCCCUUUUUCCUUCGGUCCGUUCCAUACUUGUGGUCGCUCCAAAUUUAUUAUUGUUAAGACCAACCUGUCAGGAUCACAGAGACCAGUUCUCAACCACACGGCAACAUCUUUCAUCCUGCUGCAUUAGGCACGGCUCUGAACACCCACUCAGCUCCUGUUUACUCUUGCCGUGGAUGGAGGGAGCUGUGUGUGCUAAAGUGUGUGUGUUUGUGUGUGUGUUUUGUGUGCCUGUGCUGUAACUUUUGAAAGAUGCCACCUAAUGAGAAACAACUGAGCAGUCGGUUCACAGGAUGACAGCAGAGGGAGCCAGGCCACAGCUCAGAGAGUGAGUCAUCUGACGGCCCACAGGUCUCUGAACGAUGCCCACAAAAUAAACUCCUGGGAGAGGGAUGGUUGUGGGUACAGAGAUGAAGGAGAGGGUGAAGCUUUUGUGGGAUUCGGUCUGGAGGGAAAAAUCCAUUUUAUUUCAGAUUUGAAGUCAUACGUGUUCUGGACAUAUGUUAACGCAGAAAAACAAAAAGAUCAGGUUUUGUCUGGAGCUGCAACAGUCUUUGUCUUAAUGAAGGAAACAGCUUUUCUUAGGUUUGCUGUUUUUCUGUGAUUGUUCGGUGCAGAUGUGGAUCUCUAAAAACGUCAUUGAGGUCAUCGAUGUUUUCUACAUUAUGGUUUUAAUUUUCUAAAAAAAAAAUUCUUGGACAUAUUUGGUGUUUUUAUCAGGAGUAUGAACUUAAUUUUUUAAAAAUAGAGUAAAAUAAGGAACAUUCAUGAAGCUGUUUCCACUGAAUUUGCUGGCAGCUGUGAUUCAGUGGUAGACUCAGUUGUUGGGUAAGACACUUGACCCCAAAGUGCCUCUAGCUGUCUACACCCAGCAAUAUGUGAACAGGAUGUGUCCAAACUGAUGGAUGCUUUCUGCAGAAGCCUCCUCUAUUAGUGUGAAAAAAUCACUGUGUGAAACUCACUCCAAAGUCGGGCUGUAAAAGUGACUUAAAAAGCCUCGAAGCUGCUCCUCGUCUCAUGUGAGCACAUUAAAAUUACCGUAAAACUUCUAAUAGAAGCCUCCUAUCGAUUAAGUGCAGGGUGUCUUUUUGUUGGAGGUCUGUUUACAUUCAACAUGUCUAUCAGGCUGUCUGUGCUGCAGCCCGCCUGAUCGCCAUAGUAACACAGUGACAACAGUGGGACCUGAAAGAGAACGAGAGAAAACAUGAAGCUGAGCUCCAGCUUCUCUGAGAAAGACGAUGAAAAAGCCAAAAAGGGCGGUAGAGUAAAUGUUUAGCAGGAGAGCACGAUCACGUCAUUUAUCAACGUUACGGUCUCACUCAAGGUGAUCAGGAAAAAUGGCGAAGAAAUGAGUUCUCGAGUGAGUGAUGGGAGAAACUUUACUGGAGUAUCUUUACUGCUUUUGAAAUAAUAAAAAAACUCAUCUUUACGGAGCAGCCUCUCACAUUUAAACAAAGACUUCUUACUCACUGAAAGCCCUGUUUGUUUGUUUCCCUGAUUUUUAACAUUUCCUCUUCUGUAUCUGUUCCUGUUCAGGUACCUGUCUGACCUCCACGCUCCCGGCGACCCGGCGUGGCAGUGCAUCUACGCGCAGCACAAGUGGAUCCUGCAGCUGAUGCAGAACUGCAAAGACGAGUUCAUCAGCGGCCAAAGAGGUGAUUAAUUCACAUGUUGGAUCGUUUUACACACGCAGCGAAAAGCUCCAAUUAAACUGCUGAUGGAUGUCAUGUGACUGUGAGGUAGCUCAGAGAAGCCCGUGAACCUCUCUGACAUACCAGUUCGCCGCCUGCUCUGUCACCGCUCCACCCCGCUCGCUCUCCUUGAGGCCUGCGUGUUUAUUUUUUCACGAACGUAUGAAUAAGAUGAAAGUUAUGGAGCAUUGGCUUCGGAUUUGGGUUUCUUGGAUUUGGCGUGUUACUGCACACGCACACAUACCGCCACCUCUGUUUCUCACUCGCAGAUGGAUUGGAACAAUUAACCCCAAUUAAGCCGUUCCUCUGUUAAAUCAGCCGGCGAAGAAAUGUGAACGUGAAACCGUCCGCUCGGGAAGAACAGCAGCCCUCCAACCACACCCGCUCUCGCACAAAGACACCCAUACAAAUACAUUGUGAGUGGGUGGCUGCUUCACAUAGUGCAGCUGGAACAUAAACACGUCUAAUGCUAAGGCUAACAGUGGUUUCCGGGGCUCAGGCUUGAUGGAUCUGGGGGGUGAUUUGCUCACUGCCUCUCCGUGGCUAAAUAUCAUCUUGAUCAUCAUGUCAGGGAUGGCCCCUCUCAGUCCGCACAUUCCUCAGCAGAGCAACAUGUGGUGGGGAGUGAAGCUGAGACGACAAAUCACAUCAGGCAGGCUUAGUACGGCUAGUGCGAAAACUCUUAAUAUAACCACGCGAGUUACUGUUUCUUACACAUUUACUACACCUCAUACAGAAAACACAAACCUGCCUAUUUCUCACUUUCCUCCAGAGUGAGCGGUACGAUGUUUCCAAAGAAAACUCCUGGGUGUUACCUGUUUUCCAACAUCUAUAUUUAAGCUGAGUUUAAGUUUAGGCAGCUGGAUGACAGCUCUGAGAGGCACGUGAGGAAAAAACCUGUGAUCUUUCCUCCAAUGUUGAUCUGAAGUAUAUUUUUCCCCUCCUGUGUUUACAACGUAAGAACAGCUGAAAAGAAAAAGUUUUAACUUUUUUUUUCCAACAUAGAAAUCGUUUAAUUCAAAGUAUUCGAUCAGAAAAAAUGUCAAAUGACUGCUCUGCGGUUGUUUUAUUAAGAUAAAAGUUUGUUUGUUUUUAAUGCGACCAGCUUUUCCGACUGUGGCUCCUGAAGAGAAAACAUUCCAGGCCUGUGUUGUUUUGGAGAGCUUAGUUUAGGUGCUGGUAUACAAACAAAGUUACCAGUCAAAAACUCCUCAAAGUACCCCGAAGUAAAACGCUAAAAACACUCACUUUUUUCCUUCUCUACUCAUAGAUAUCAUCAAAAAAAGACAAAAGCAGGUGCAGAAGGAUGUGCACGGUCCUCCUGUUUUUCUGCCUUUUCUCACCACAGCAGCUGCCUCCUGUCCCCUCUGCCGCCUCCAUCCCCACAUCUUCCUCACACACACACACACUGACACACCUGGGAGCUAUUUACUGUCUUUGCCACUCACCCAAGUUCGAAACCUGUGCCUCUUGAAACAUCCCUCCACCCAGGCAUCCCUUGAGCAGCCACCAUCACAAAACCACAUCCACUACAUUCCCCUGACCCCGCUCUUCCUCCCCUCUCCCUCCCACCUCUCAAAUUGCCAGAAUCCCCUCACUGGUGCCUCACAGCCUCCCCCUCCACCUCCUCUUCCUCCUCUUUGAAUCACAUCUACCAGCUCACCGUGUUUAUAAUUCAUCUUUUACGCCAUUGUCAGCGUCACACGUGGCAGAGAUCAUUUCUCUGCGCCGGACCGGCCACGUCUGCGCUAACUGAAGUCAUUUUCUCUGUCUCUUGUGUUUCUCACUCCACAAUAUGAGGUCAGAGGCCGUUCUGGCGUAUUAUGAUUCCAUUAAUUAUCCUGUAAAUUGCCCCAAACGUGAAAUAGAGCCAUUCAUCUGUGGUGGGAAAAAAAGCCUAAAGCCAGAGUUUUCUUGCGAGGAGGCAAAGCAGCACAAGUUGCUUCCGUAUGUCUAAACAAACCCAUCGUGCCCCAGCGCUGCAAUCUGACUCUGCCCAAUUCAAUUAUAAAGUGCAGUCCUCUUCACUUCCUGAACAGCGCCUCUUCUGCCAAUAUCAAUACGAUUAGCAGGAAAUUUCGCUCGUAGGAAAACAGGUUUGUCAGCGAGAAUUUGUCUGGGAAGCAUGCGGUUGUGAUUUGGGGCUCGGACAGUAUCACCGCGGGGGAAACGUUCUAAUUAUAACUCUCCAUUUUAUGAUAAUAUUCAUCUUUUAUUUUGGGCGUUUUUGUCUUUAUUAGAUAGGACAGAGACUCACAGCAAAGGGUCCAGGCCGGGACUCGAAUCAGCAACUGCUAGCCUCAAUAUGCUUGGAAACAGCUCUCCAAUAUUCAUCAAAGCGUACCUGACGUUACCUUAAUUACAUGUUUGCAAUCUUUUAUAAUUGUUAACAAAGAGAUGAACAAAUUAAAGAUCGAACGAUAUGUUUUUUUUUAGAGCCGAUACCAAUUAUAAGUAAUCGAGGAAACCGAUAACAUUUCGAACUGAUACCCAUUUGCAGUAAAAACGUAUAUUUUGGCCUCAUUUUGAAACACGUGCUUUUAUUUUGAAAUGAGAAAAGAACCUGAAGUAGCGCACAGCUAGCUCCGUAAGCUUCACUGAGAUCGAGGCGCACCUGUAGUGGUGAUGUUACCUGCUAGAUUGUUUCUUUGUUUUACUCAUAGACUGUAUAAACUAUUGACAACUUGGUUCUGCCUUCCACUAAUGUACAGAAAAGCUCUCGGUAAUUCCACGUUUUUUCUUCAUUUCCUGAAACCAACAUUGCGCAGUACCAUUGUACGCACUCCACCACUUGCGCAGUAGCAUUGUGCGCAUUCGGCGGGGAGUCGCCGAGAGUCGCUGUGAUGACGCUCGGGUGAAACAGCGUAUCCCCUGGGUGAGAUAUCAAUCUUUUUUUCAGUUACCAAGUCGGAAAAAAGCAAAAUCGGAGGCGGAAACAAGAUGGCUACAUCUACCAAAGUUAUUUUAGCGUUUGCCUUGUCCAAUAUAUACGCAAGGACAAGGCAAGCGCUAAAAUAACUUUGGUAGAUGUAGCCAUCUUGUUUCUGCCUCCGAUUUCGCUUUUUUUCCGACUUACUUACUGAAACACCAUUAUUGUAAAAAAUUAUUGUAAAAAUGCUGAAUAUCGGCCGAUAUUAUCAGCCGUGCCGAUUAUUGGUCGAUCCUUAGAACAAAUGCCAUAUUGUGGUUUUCAAUACAGGUGUCAGAUAAGAGAAUUAAUUUUGCUGCAAAGAAACAGUUAUUUCCUUUUCCACAGCUGACGCCACAAAGAGAAUCAGCUGACAUGAGACAUAAAUCACCAUUAAAGCAUGAUAAUAAUAUAGACUGAGAUAUAGAUGGACAUGGUGUUUUUUUCAAACAUACCAUCACAUGCCUUCAAUAUGUGAAAAAAUACUUGUUUGUUCAAGUUAAAUCUUAAAAACGAAGACUGUCCACAGUCUCCUCAAACACAACAAUGAGACCCUGAAGUCUGUCAGUCUUUGUCCCAUCUCUAAUGCUUAAAAAAACUCCAUUCAAACAGGAGUCAGUAAGGUGUAUGCGUGUGUUUGGAGAGAAAGCAGGCGUGUGUGUGGUCGGGGUCGGCGACCUCCCGGGGAACAGGAACUCAUCCGAGCUGCGGAGAAGCUCCAGACCCGACGAGGAAGUGAGCAGGAGUGACACACAUUGUUCGACUGUCUUCGGCACGCAUACGCAGGAGCUCCUAUAUUUAAACCUUCAAACUUUCACCAAGAAACAACCCAAAGAAUGUGCACGCACGCACACCUCACGUACACGUAUCUUGUGUAUCCCGAGGACAGCUGACACCUGGAUCAACAGCAGCUCUCAUCCCUGAGAGGAAAACAGACUCCGCUGCACAGAUUCAGAAAGAGUCUGUGUGAAUGUGUUGUCGGUGCGUGUGAGAGAGCGCUUUGACUAAAUAAAAUCUGACUCAAAUAAGAAUUUCCUUACAUUUUCUAGUCUUGAUGUCUGUGUUGUGUGCACGGCAACCUUAACCGCAUGCCCUCCUUUGCUUGGGGAUUUCUCAAUACUUGCUUACACAUUACAUUCAGCCUGUGACUCACCAGAACACUCUGUGUGUGUGUGUGUGUGUGUGUGUGUGUGUGUCAGACACAUGUUUUGGAAAUGUGGACAUCCAUUCCCCUUGGUUUAGAUAAACGACAUGUGGGCGAGCUGCAGGGUUGCAUAAAUUGGACUUAAAAGUUUCAUUUUCAUACAUGUGUAGUUUGAUUCCUCUGCAGAGCUGCACUCACUGUUUCACUUUCAUUCCCUUUUGUCAACUUUCACCCUUUUUUCUCUUAUCCUAAAGUUAUUUCAGAGAUGAGGCUGUAAAUCAUCUCACCAGCAGAGAUAGGAGCGUACAGAUGGAGCUGGACUCUCUCUCUCUAAAGCCUUCUGUUGCCAUCUAGUGGAGCCCUGCCUCCGGGUCCGAGAGUUAGACGUAACUGAGCCCAGUGUGGCCGAUGUAAACCCACUUCACCCCGGCCCUCACAAAGCCCACAGCUCUGUUUCCUCACCCUGGAAACAACGGGACAUUCUCUCAGCUGUGGGCCACGGCAGAGACGGAUCAGAACACAAAUAAAGAAAGAACGAGAGGGGCGAGGGAGGAUUGUUUGGUGUGAAAGCCCGCUGAGCUUAUUGAGGAAUGUGGAAUUAUGAAAAUGGAUUAUUUGAUUAUUUGAUAUCUGAAGUAUGUGUUUCUUUUUCCUCUGAGUUCAUUUCUCAUCCCUCGCCUCCCCUCUCCUCCCCCCUUCUUCUCCCGUGUUUCUUCACGUCUGUCAGACGGUGUCGGAGCCUCCGGCCUGGAGGGGGAUACCCGUCCGUCGGCCCUCAGCAGGCUCAGCCAUACAGCGUCUCUGAAGCGAGGGGGCAGCCUGCGAACGCCACGACCCAGCAGUGAGCGCCGCUGUUACAUUACACCCCAACCCCCACACUCCGCGGUGCUUCAGAGGGGCUUCCCUGCGUGAACCACACUCUGACUGUGUUGUUGUUUGUUUGUGUGUAACACUUUUUGAAAUGCACGGUGCUUACAGGAAUCUCUGUAUGUGCAGUCAUGCGUAAUCGCAGCAGAUCAUGUCUGCUCUAACUGGCAGAAGUACAGAAGGGGCACAAGUGGUUCCUGGAAGUCGUACAGUAACCUGCGCGUGCUGGUCUUUAUCUGCUGAUUGAAUAAUAAAAAUCUUUGAUAACUUUUGAGUAAAGCAGAGGUAUUUUGAUCCGUCUAUUUAUUACUCUUUGUGUUUGUGUGUCUUUGUUUCAGCCUGGGGCUUCGAAACUCCGCAGCAGGUGCAGUUUGUGGAGAAGCUGUCCGAUGUGGUGAUUGGUCAGCUGCCAAACUUCUGGAAGCUCUGGAUCUCUUACGUUAAUGGAAGUCUUUUUAGCGAGGUAAACGCCUCCGAAAGUUUAACAUCGAAUAAAAACAAUGUCAAGUUAAAACCAGGCUUUAUUUUGGCAGACGGUGUUUUCCCUCUUAUUUUAGAAGGUGUCACUGGGAUCAUUUGAUCUCCUCUGAGAGUCACUUUAUGGAGCGGGAGCAUGUAAAUGGAGGUUUUUGAAACACCAGAGGUUCGACUAAAAUUAAAGAGAGCAGAUUAAGAGUAGAAUAAAAAAAGACUAUAAAGAAUAAUAUCCAAUCCAAAUUUAUUUGUUGAGCACUUAAAAACAUCCACACAGGACCAAAGUGCUGUACAGGGUAAUAAAAGUAUCGGAAAUAAAGACACAACAUCUUACAUAGAACAUAAAAUUACAUAUAAAAACAGAUAAAAUAAUCUAAUAGGCAUUUAACAUGGGUAAAAUAAUAACUGCAAUAAAAGAAACAAUAAAAUCUAAUCAAGCCAACGUCUUACUAAGGAACAAAGGCCAAGGAGAAGAGGCCAGUCUGAUGUUUUCAGGGAGAUUCCAUAGUUUACAUAAUUAAACAGUUACUCUGAAUGAAUAAAUUAUACCGUAGAAAGAUAACAGAUAAAAUAAUGACACACCAAAAAGUCCGUUUGAAUGAUAAUACAAUGUAGGAAUAAGAUAUGAAUCACAAAAACAGACAAAAAAGGAAGUAAAUUUAGCAUAUUUACUCAAUCCUAGUUUUUUUUUUUUUUCAAUCUUUUUUCUUUGUCACAAAUUAAAAGAGUAAAAAACAAAACAUGUUUUCUCUCUCAUAUUUGCAUUAACCCCUCACAUUAUGCUCACAUGUUUCUGGUCCUUUGGUGACAGUUAAAAGUUUUGACUUUAACAUCAUCUUAUUUUGUAUGAGGAGAUUUUAAAGCUUUUUUUAUCCUUCCUAUGAACUUCUGAACUACAAAAAAGUCCCACAAACGUUAUUGUCAAAAUACUUUGAUGACUGAUUUCAGUUCACUGAUAAAAUCAAAAAUCACUUUUUCUCGUCUGUUUGUUUUUUUGUUUUUUUCCACAGACGGGAGAGAAAUCAGGGCAGGUGGAAAAAUCCAAGAAGAACGCCCGACAGAGACAGAACGACUUUAAAGUGAGACUGUUUACACCACAGCUGUAUUUUCAGAUUCCUACUCAAAACCACAAACUUUUCCUCCACUCAACCUGUUUUUUGUACAUUUCCUGUCGCCGUUAUAGAAAAUGAUCGAGGAGAUGACCAACCGGCUGGUGAAGCUGAUUCGCGGAGCUCUCCUCCCCACCACCCUGCCUAAGGGGGAGCUGAAUAUGUACGGAGGCUGGGAGAACAAGACGGAGCUGAGUGGGACCUGGCUCACACAAAUCAUCCACACCGUCAGGUUCUCACACUGAUUCUUUGAACACGUCGAUGAUUUCAUGGUUUCACGUUGAGAACAAACUCUCAAUCUCUCCUUUUUCUCUAUUUUGCUCCUCUAGAGGUUGUCACGACGCUCUGUCCGCUCUGGAGAUCCCUAAUGAUCUGCUGCAGGUGAUCCAGGAUCUGCUGCUGGAUUUGAGAGUUCACUGCCUCAUGGUGACUCUUCUGCACACCACAGAAGGUGAGCAGGAGCAGACAGAGAGAGUACAAGCAUGCAUGAAGUCAAUAUUUCCCUGAUAACAUCCCUAAAAGACGUGAAAUGAUGUUAUUUUCACUUCUGCUUCAUUCAAGAAAAUAAAAGACACAACAAUUGUGACUUUCAGGUUCUGGAAAGUCAGACCUCUGCACCUCGUCUUAUCACAAAGAGAAUCUUACUAAGAAAGUGUGAAACUUAACAGACCACUGUCGACAAAAGGUGUCAGAGUUUGAUUCCUGAGCUGAUUAUUCUUGUGGGUGAUGGUUAGCUGGUAUAGCUGUUAGUCAGGCUGUGUAGGAAAGCAGAAAAGUAGUUUCAGAGUUGCUGCACACUUUCUUUAAAUCAAAUUUAAUAAUACUUGUAGGAAAAGUGAGAGAUUUUGAUCGUAAGUUUGAGGAUAUUUUAACGAAUCUUGUGAGUCGCCUCAUUUUUUCCACUGACAACCAAACAUUCCCGGUGUUUUCCGUCUUGAAGCCACGUUUCCCCAGCCUCGUGCGCGCUCCUUUUUUUCUCUUUCUGUUUGUUGUUUAUGAAUGUGAGUAAAAAUACAGAAUUUGUCGAGAAAAAAUCCACAAAGAAAAGAAAAAAAUUCAGGUAACGCUGAAACACUGACACCCCUCAGACAUGCAACUAAAAUUCACGACCUCGGAUAAGACUCAUUUUUCUAAAACUUCACCAUCUCUCUUCGACCUCGUCCCAAAAAGCUUUGUUCACUCUGGUUUUCAUACAUACAUCAUACCAAUCAAGUUAAGUGUAACAGUCGGUGCAGGAGUGUUUGGAGCGUGUGUUAAACCAGGAGAUCUGCUGCAGUCAAAAGUCAAUAAACAGCAGAAACACACGUGUGUUUUUGGCGGGUUUCUGUCCUCAACCGUCAUUUUUUUACCUGACACAGCUUCCCUGAUAGUAAUGAAGAAAGUGUAAUGAGACUAAAACCAGACAGUCUCAGUUUCACUUGUGGUAAUCAUGGUCAUUUUGAGAAAAGUCGCUGGUUUUCACUGAACUUUCCCCACACUCACUCAGAUCAAUUUGUGGUCUUGAUAGUGAUAUUAUUUUAGAUGUUGUUGUGGUUUUCCUUCAGAAACCAACAUUUCUAUUCGCAUUUUUUUUUGCUUUCAAUGACUUUUUCUUCUUUGUUCUCUGAAAACAAUAAACUCAAGUAAACCUUUUUUCACUCUCAGAUGUGAAAAGACUCGCAGAGAAGGAGGACUGGGUCGUAGAUAAUGAAGGGAUCACCAGUCUGGUAAGGUUAUGAUGUUAUUGCAUCAGACAUGAAGAUAAACAGUCACCCACGCGUCACAUCUGCCCUGAAAGAUACGCAUCAAUGUCAGUGUGGUAUUUUAAAUGUGCAACUAAUAACUUUUUGUCUAGCGUGAGAAAAGAAAAGAACGAUCUUCACUGACAUUUCUGUUUCCAUGUAGUCAAAAACUUCCUCGAACCUUCAACAAAAUCAGAGAAAUGUUACCAGCUGACCUUCCAUGAUGCUGAUGACUUUUCUGAUCUCUGUUUUCGUCUCUGUCUUCUCCACAGCCUGCACAGUUUGAACAGUGCAUGGUCCAGAUGCUGCAGUCUCUCAAAGAGCCGCUGGAGAUCAAACCGGGAGAGAUAAACGUGAGCAAAAAGAGACAGAAGAGUUCCCAUAAAGAUCACAACGAUGAUGAUUAAAAGUUGUUUCCCUGCUUCAUUUAGGGUUCAUCACUGAACCAACAAAACAAUUAGAAAUAGUCAAAACUGAAAUUUCUUUAAAAUUCUGCAGCUGUACCUCAGAACAAAGUCCAGGGAUUGACACUAACUUUUUUCACAAGGAGCACAAAGAACUUUAGGGGAACAAUGAACCAACCAAAACAGUUUGGGAGGACAAAUUUGGGGACAAAAGAGGUGUGUCUUUUUGUCCGACCGUAGUGCUAUUAUUUGAAAUCAAUUUUGGGUCUUUUGGUCACAUGACAGUGAAGCUAUUGAAGGAAAACAGCCUUUUCUGAGAACAUCAACAGGUAAUUUAUUGACGGUCCCUUACUCAACACUCAAUGUUGACAGCGAGGGUGUCGAGUAGAUUUAACCGCGCUGCUGUUGUCAUUCCUGGUUAUGGAGAGUGAGAAGACACCGGUAGAUCCGCAGUGAAUGUCUGUCGAAUAUCCAGCCUGAAACUAACUUCACUGCCGUAUUUACAGGAAAAUAUAUCCAACCUAAAACUAACUUCACCGCCGUAUUUACAGGAAAAUAUAUCCAACCUGAAACUAACUUCACCGCCGUAUUUACAGGAAAAUAUAUCCAACCUAAAACUAACUUCACCGCCGUAUUUACAGGAAAAAAAACAUUUGUCGCCUCGGCUGAUUUUUCUGUGCACAUGUGCCUCUAAAAACAUUUUACAAUUCGCACGCAUCUAAUUUUAGUCACAAAUGCGAGUGAAACAGUCGCACCGUUGAGCCCUGUAGUCACAUUAAAGGAGCCUGUAGUAAGUUCAGCUGAUGCAAUAAACACAUAAACAUUCAAGCACUCCUUAUAGUUAAAGCUGUAAACACGCCGAUCAUGUGAUCAAUCGUCUUCUCCUGAUAGAGCGAUGGUGGACAAACUUCCUCCUUGUUUCUUCCUCAGGUGCUGCAGCUGGACCAGGUCCAGGACCAGGCUGCAGAGCUCAGUGUGGGCAUCAUGAAGGUAAAAACCAACAACACACAAAAAGCAUGGAAGCUCAGUUAAUGUUUCAAACAUUUUUAAAGUUCUGGAAAAUAAAAAAACAACACAGAUAAUAACCCCUCAAAUUAAUAAUGAUAACUUGAUUUCAUGCACGCAUAAGAAUGAAGUAUAGAUUAAAAACAUACGAAAAGAGAAAGAGAAGAAACCCUUAGGAAUCCAACAGGAUAAACUGAGACCAACAGAAAAAGAAGUAAGACGAAUAAAGUGAUUAAAAGAGAUUUUAAAACUUUGAAAAUAACUUUAAAAACUCUUUUAACAUGCUGCUGAAUGAUGGUGUUCGCCGUAAUCCUUCUUCUACAAGAGAGAUCUAUUAAAACAUUAAACCUUGUGACUUAUCAAGAGUCCCAAAGUCCUCCGCCUCCCUCUCCUCGGUGUGUCACAUGUAUGCACAUGUUUGAAGUUUUAGGCUCUUCGACCCGACGUGAAAACUUUCCCAGACCUCUGACCACCAAAAAAAACAGGGUGUUCUGGGUCCAAACUCACUCUCAUAGUGCCGGCAUGUAACAACCGCCGCUUAGAGCAUAUUUACCCCAAACUGUGCAGACUCAGCAGACCACACUGUUGUGUUCCCUCCGGCCACAACAAGUCCACACACCUCAUACUUUGGAUUUUUCGAUGGGCAGAGGUGCCAGCUCAAAGUCUAGAGAUUAUUUUUGAACGCAUGUUGUAAACACGGUGGCGGCUCGGGUUGUUGACGUGUCUCUGCUGGCUUUUCUUUUUCCGAGGCGACACCGACAUGCCAUCAUGUCAUUUUACCGACAUCUGAUUAUGUAGAUUAAAAGAGGGGAAACUUAAUGAUGUGAUUUAACCUGCGUGUCUGUUGGUUUCCCUCAGGUUUUCAUCAACUGUUUGGAGCAUCUGAGCACGAAAUCAGACGGAGAAAUGGAAACGUCUCUGUGAGUAUUUCGAUGACUCUCAGGUCUUUAAUCAGAGUGUGUGUAAGAGUGUAUUCAUAAAAUCUAAUCUCUCCUGUACGCAGGAACAUGUCUGUGGAUCUGUCUUCUCCGGAUCGGUUUUCUGGCGUUCAGGAGACCUUCAGUCCGACAUCCGUAAGCGUGGAGUUUUUGUUUUUUAUUUCCUUGAAACAGUUUGAGGUUCAUAUACCUGAAAUCCCACAUUUGGCUGCAGCCAGCGUCACCGAAGCGUGGGCUCCUCUGCACCACCGCCACACAAACAUGUGUGUCACUCAUUUAAAGCAGAAAGUGUUAUCAGGCUGUUUCCUGGUCGUGGACGUCCUCAUUUCCUGUAAACUGUUGAAGAUGCUAGAGAAGGAGGUUAAGUGCAGGGGAGGAAGAGGAGGACACAGAGGAGGAAGAGCAGGGCGUAGAGUGAUUCUGGUAAAGGGAAAUGGAGCGAGGUGCAGACGGGGUUUCCCCCUAACCCCGACCAGAAUACACUGUGCAGCUUUUCAGCAGACAGACAGACAGAGAGACGAGUGCGUGAAGCUGACCAGAGUGGAGUCUGCUUCCUUUCAUGAUGUUCACUCGAUCUUCUGAAGCUCCAAAACCAACAGAUACAAAUAAAAGAGUAUCUGAGUAACAGAACUGGGUAGAUGUCUGUAAACAGUGGCCGCCUGAAUGAUCUUAUCAAGAGUGACAAACAAACGGCUGCCGACAGUGAGAUCAUUUGUGGUCAUGAGAAUGUAGGCUAACUCUGUUUUUUUUCUAUCGUCUUGCCCAUCAGCGUUUGUGCGAUCAAAUUCACGUGAAGGCAUCUGUGUUUUUUUCUGAAGCUUGUUCUGCGGUUUGUGGUGCCUGUUACAGUGAAAAGGUUUUUAUAAAUGAGGACGUGGGGACAUUUGGUGAAGGGAAGUGAUGAUUUGACCAGCUGAGAGCUUCGGGUUAAUGUGAGGAGAUUAAAGGAAAGGAAGACGUGUUUUUCAGAGUGAAAAGUUUUCUGUUUCACAAAUAAAAAAGGAAAUAUAAAAGUGAACGGAUAAUUUUAACAACGAUAGAUGUCCUCUUUAGUGACGCAGAAGAAGUUGAAUGUUUGUUAAGUCUGGAGAACUGGUAAAUUAAGGUCGACUUUAUCGAUCCUGCAUAAGGGAAACUAUUUCAAGAAGACAAAAACAGCACGGAGACAUCAGAAAAACACACACUCAACACCAGGUACACAACAAACACAGUCAAGGCCAAUAAAACAUGAUUUAAAAAAGUGGUACAAUAAAAGAGAAGGACAUGAUUAGAUACAACAAAAGCCUGAUAAAGAUGAAGAAACACUAAAAUAAAUACCUCUACAAACCAUGCAGCAGUGCCAAGUCAGACCCUGGCAUGUACCGUAUUUUUCACACUAUAAGGCGCACUUCAAAUCCUGCAGCUACUGUAGCCACGCGAAGUUAUUGAAUGAGUUAAAUAAAGUUUGACUUAUCUGACUGUUUUGUUUGGCUUAUUCAUGUGCUCAUUCAGUGCACCUUUGUCAUGAGAGUAGACGCGUUCAUUGAUGGUGCACCUGAGAGUGCGAAAAACAUGGUGCUACUAAAAAAUCUCAGUGCUGCUGGAAGGAAAGACUUUCUCAGUCGUUCAGUGGAGCAACGAGGCAUCACAAGUCGUUCACUGAAAGAGCUUUAAAGACCGUUAAAAACACGGCGCAGCAGUUGAUCUUUGUAGCCCAGGAUCAAUUUUAAUUUAGACCUGGUCCUCCUCUUAACAAUGGCCUCUGGGACUAAGCCAAUAACUGAUCAGGCCCCAUUUUUGUUGUCAGAUGAUAUGCUGCCCCCCCUGUAAAGUACAGCAUAAAAAAAAGGACAGUAGCCAUGCUGACACUGACAGAUCUUAGCUUUCUGAGAAAGAGGAGUCGAGACUGAGUCUUCUUUAGUCAGGUUUUUUCUUUCCAGUUUAAUUGUCCAAAUGGACACCGAGGUAUUUGUAGGACUCAGCAAUUUCCAUCUGCUCGCCUUUUAUCGACAGGGGUAGGACCGAUUGUCAAAGUGAGGAUGAAUUUAGAAAGUGAAGUGUUGAUUGAAAAAUCGAAGACAUAAGAAACUGGGAGUUUGUUGCAAAACCUAAGAGCGCCAUGAGUCUUAAACCCAAGAGAUGAUAGUUCCAUGAAGUCAGUCAUUAGAUUAGGUUAGAUUAGAUUAGAUUCCUCAGGGAAAUUAGAAUUAAAAAAGCAUCAGUAUGUACAGAAAAGAACAGAAAUAAGCAAGAAAUAAAAAAAUCUGUUUAUUUAAAGAUAUAAUGAAAGUUCAGAUAAAUGAAGUAUUUACAUAUUAAAAGUAAGAUAUAAAGGUAUGGACAUUUGCACAUUACUGUUACUCUUGCUGCUCCUUCCCAUCUUCUGUCCUCCUGUUACUCCUCCUCCUCCUCCCCAGAGAAGAGUUGAACAGUCUGAUUGGAUGAGGGACCACAGAGUUUUUCAGUCUGUCACUGAACAGACUCCUCUGGUUGAUGGAAAAUCUUUUAAAAAGCCUGAAAAACUGUGUUCAAGUUUGUGAACUUUGCCUCAAAAUCUUUGAAAAGAAGACGACAGAGAAUCUCUUUAAUCAGUUUAUACUUCUGUGUUUCCUCUUCUGUGAUAUUGAUCUGACCUCUGAGUUUGUUUAAAGGCCAAGUUUGAGUUUCGAUCAGUUAAUAUAUGAUGAGUAUGAUCAAUGAUAAUCGUGUCUUUGUGUUUGCAGGAGCAGCGUCUCCUCAUCAUCCUCAGUAACUGCCAAUACCUGGAGAGACACACCUUCCUGAACCUGGCCGACCACUUUGAGAAACACGGCCUCACGGGCACAGAGAAGAUCACCCGGGUCAGUCCGACUCUUCUUCUUUGUUUCUCACCAUUUUAAAUAAGUACCUAAAAAACUCCUCUCUGCUGUCUCAUGCUGCUGAUGAGAAAUGUGGAGAGAUAGUAAAGGUCUGCUGCUCUCUUCUGAGCAGAGAUAUGACUCUGUAAAGGUCAUUGUCUUAGAAGCUCAGUUCCACAUUUUCACUCCUUUCUCUUCUUCUUCACACACACACAAACACAAAUGCACACAAUGACUAACAGCUGAAUCACAAAGCAAAGACAUGCGCGAUUGAUUUUCCUGUAAAAAACGAGUCACUUCCUCUGAAAGAUUAAUGAUGUUUUUUUUCUUCUGUUUAUUCACAGACGUUUUUUUCCCUCCACAGCAGAUCUGAGCCCACUUUAUUUAAAUAACAUGAGACGCUUUUGAAAAGGUCAUAAUCUUCUCAUGUAAAUGUGCAUGAUCACCUGUUCAUGAUACACCACUAUCUCAAAUGCUAUUGCCUGGAUUGCAGGACAGGAUUUAUAUUGUGAUAUAAUGUUGAGCCUCCUAAUCGAGCUCACUCUCAGACAGCGAUGUUUGAGUGUCGACAAGCAGAAGUGAAACACGCUCCUCUGCGUGUCUCAGUGUGACGUGUACGAUCUGCUAUGAUCUCGCUCCUGUUGUAUAGAGUUGAUAUCCAUUGGGAUGAGGUUUUGACCAAUCAGAGCCAAGAAUCAAACACAGCAGGGAGAAAAUUCUGAUUUCUAAACAAGUGAAUAACUUUAUUGGGACGCCCCACAUGCAGUAACAAACUUAAUUUGAUGCGUGUCCCUAAAAGGGAUGAUCUACAAAAAAAUAUCACAAUAAGAUCUGCCAUUCUAGGGAUAACGAUAAGUCCUGAUAAAAAAUAUUUUGAUUCCAAUCUAUAUUUUGACUAAUUCUGUCUUGAGAACACCAGUGGGAGUCGUCAAAUAAGAUACUUAACCACAAGUUUGAGUGGGAGGUUAUGGAGAAAACAAAUGACAUCACACAAGUCUCAAAUGUGAAAACCAGGCAUGUCCAAACUUCCGUACAAUACCGAUAUUGUAGCCUUCGUUAUCGGCCGAUCCAGAUAUUAAUAAAUACUGAUAUACAAAAAAUACUGCGACACAGCCGACAUCACUCCUACUCCUCUCUAUUUUGUUUGUACCGUAGUACACACUAUUGUUGUGAUCACGUGGGCUCUGAGGGGUUGGACUGGAGUCUGAAAUGGACCGCUUGUAUCGGAGUGCUGAUAUCGGGGAUUUUAGAUGCACUCCGAUAUAAUCCAAUGUUUUUUGGCUGAUAUUGGACCGAUAUCUGAUAUUAAUAUUGUAUUUGGACAGCCCCAGUGGAAACACUUUCAACAUUUGUUAAAAACUCUUGCUGCACAGAGUUAACAGCAGCAGAUCCACUCUGAUGUCAGGCAGACCUGAUCACACUCAUCAUCUAAACCCCGAUCUUAAAGGAAAUCCCUCAUGUGGAGCCUCGUUCACUAACCAGAUGCUCAGAAACGUCUUCUUCACCACCUUCGGCCAUGUUUGUUUGUUAUUCUGCUACGGCUGCGAGUCCGUCCCUCGCAUUUAUGUCAUCGUAUUUAUCAUGAGAUAGCAAAUAUUUAUCAUUGAGGAUUUUUCUGACGAUAUAUCGUGGAUGAUAAUUUAUCGCCCUUUUCUCGUCCCUUCUCGCACUCCCCACUCUGUUUCCUGUCGCAUCAAAAAUAUUAGAAAAACUCUGAAAUGUGUCAAACGUAGCGCCUGGUUUUCACGCUCACCCUGACAAAAUUCUAGUCCACAGUUUCAUCCGCUCACAACUCAAACCCAGCGAUGAAACAAUCAGAUAUUGUUGAUCAGACUCUCAGGCCACUCCUCAAGAACAUGAAACAUCUUCAUGAAAACGUUGAAAAACAAGAUAAACGAGAAAGUGAUCGCAUUAGUUGACUCAUAACGGCGAAGCUGUGACGCCGUAUGUCCUAAAAAAUGCACUUCCUCUUUCAGUAAAAGAACACGCUUAUUCUUAUAACUGCUAUGAUGAUCGACCUAAUCUGCACUUUGAGAUCGUUGUGUUAUUUCUGAUGAUUGAUUUUUAUCUGGAAUUGAUGCAAAGAGAAAGUAUGACUGUUUCACAUCAAUCGUCGUCACGGCGGAUGUUUUGAUUCCAACAAUUAAAAAAAUGCAGUUUAAGGUGACACUCUGAGUGAACUUUAGGUGUGAGGGUGAAUACAUGAACGUAGGAGGUGUGAGAGUGUGAGUGUUUACUCUGUUGACAUCAUGUGUCCUUCACCUUGUCAGGUGAGUGUGGACGCCGUGCGAGAGCUGGACAGGAAACUGUUUGACGCUUACAUCGAGCGACGGGCGGACCCCAUCGCCGGAUCCCUGGAGCCCGGCAUCUACGCCGGAUACUUCGACUGGAGGGACUGUCAAACACCGACAGGUACUGCAGUGAGCAUGCUCAGUUUAAAGCUCCAUCAACUGACCCCAGUGAUAUUAGAAAUCCACCCUGACAGUCCUGACAGUGGGAGUGGACUCGUCAGGUCUGAUCUGUGUUGUUGUGGUUUUCUGUCUUUGAUGACUUACUGUAAACACCGCAGAGAUCGUGUCAUCAGUCCCACCUGAACACACUGGCCUUUGUGUGUCUGUGAAGCUGUGGGUGUGCAGCUGCAGCCUCAUCUUUGCACGUGUGUAAAGUUUAAACUUUUUUGCUCACCAGAUGCAAACCCAGGUGAAAGUAGCAUUUGUAUGUGUGUGUGUGUGGUUUACCUUUGAACAGGAUGUGAAGCAACAUAGCAGAGAGUGUGUGUUUGUGUGUGUGUGUGUGUGUGUGUGAGAAUGCUGGGUAAGUCUCCAGAUGGUCACCAGCUCUUUUACCCGCUGCACAAAAACUGUGUGUUUAUCUAAAGCUGCUCUGUUGCUGCGAGUUUGUGUGUCGGAGCUGCAUGUGAAACAGGAACACUUUGGACACUCAGCCCACAGAUCCAGGAUCUGAUACUUUCACUUGUUGUACUUUUUGUUGGUGUGUGGGCGCUGCAAGGCAUUAAAGAUCCACUUUCACUACUUUCACUCUGUUGUCUCUGGUUUCACGUUUGAGUUUGUUUAAUCUUAAACUUCCUGCUGAUGCACAAACUUCUGUUUCUUCUCUCGUCGACCAAAAACGUUUCUUUAAAGUGAUUUCAGAACACAACUACACUCACAACUACACAUACAGGGUGUCAGAUGGAGUUUCAGUCGUCAUUAACUGAUGCAUCCUGAGUUGUUGUACAUUAAUUCUGCUCAGUGCAGCGCUUUAAGAUUGUGGAUGAUAUUGCAAAUUCAAAUGGAUGUAUGGUUUAUUUUAUCAGUCUUCUUGCUUUGUUAUGAAGAAUCCUGCAAAGUUUGAAACCUGCAAACAUGAAGUGAAUAUAUUUAGAUGUUGAAAAUACGAAGAGGAGGGAGGUGAUGAACCAGACGUCCACCUGAGACUCACUGGAGCUGCAGCACUGCAGUAUCAGGAGCUGUCCGUCUAUGAUCUGAUCACCCAGGAGUGAAUGACCCUCAGUGACCUUAAACCGUCUCUCCGUCUUUAGGAAAGCGUGCUGACAUCAUCAGGUCAUAAAGACUCAUGGGAAAGAUCACAAGUAUGAAGUGAUUUGAUGUAGAAACUGUGGCCUUCAGUCUCGAUUAAUGCAGAAGUGCUAAAACUGCAGUUCCUCAAGUGUCUCGAGAACAAAACUGGACGUGUUUACAGCCUCUUACAAGAAUCAUCAACCGGAUAGAUUUGAAGAUAGAUUUACCGAUACCAAAAUUUACGUAAGAUUUUAUCAAUAUCAAUGCCUUAAUCGAUUCUACUUAUUGAUUCAAUUCUUUAACGAUUCCCUUAUCAAUGCCUUUCUUUGAUUUAAAAACAAAGUCGACAAUUUCACCGUAAACUCAACAUUUUAUUGAGUCUCUGAUGACAGAAAAAGAUGUAUGCCACCUUCACUGAGCGUUUCUGGCAUGCAUUGUGUUUAUGUUAACACAGGACAUAUGUUAGGGUGACCAUAUUUUGAACUCUCGACAAGAAGAAACUACUACGCAGGGUGUGUAGUAGUUGUGUGCCGAGUUUUGAGGGUUUUUUUGUUUCGGGUCAAAUGUUUUUUAUGCGCUUCUAACUCAGUAAAACGAAUAUUCUGAAUUCCCAAAGACAGUGCAUGCCGGCGUCGUGUGAGUGGCUCAGCUUAAAAUUGAGCUGAGGGGCGGAGCUGCAGAGAGCCCUGAUGCGCUGCACUGUUUUCUGAAUGAAUACACGUUCUUGACAUUUAAAGGAUUUUAUAAACUCCCCCUGGACAGCCCCCCAAAAGAGGACAUGUCUGGGUAAAUGAGGAUGUAUCACCCUAUCAUACGUACCUUCCAUGCCGUGCUGAGACGGAGCAGCAGCGGCGGAGAGCAUUGAAUACAUGUGACUCCUUAUAUAUGAUGCCGUGCUCUGUUGACAAAUGUUUAAGCUGGUGUUUCCACCUUUGCAUGUUGCUCUAGAAGCGUUGCACUGUUGUCGUCUUUCUUAGUAAAAUGAAGCCUCGCUUUAGAUCUUUUCUGCCUACUUUUUUUUCUCUCUCUGUUCCCGUUCACUUAGACUGGCACUCGCAAGACCGUUUUUCAAGGUACCCAGAAGAAAGGAAUCGUUAAGAUAAAAUGUAAAUGAUGACGAUGGAUUGAAUCAUUUGGAACCGGUUCUCAACAAGAACGGGUUCUCGAUUCCCAUCCCUAAAUUUACGACAACAACCGACGUCAUUUUACCCACAUCAGUAUAUUCAGUGUCACAAAAAUCAAUAAACCAAAGUUGUUUUUGGAUGUGUGUAGGUAGGCUAUAGUCUCAUGUCCCUUUAAGACGCUGUCCUACAUCAGAGACGUGACUCCACCCCAUCCAGUCUGUAACAAAGAGGGAAAGACAGGUGAGGAGAUGGAGGACGGAGAGAAAGUUGGAGCGGCUGAAGUAGACGAAGUUAAUGUGGGAGGGGGUGAGCAGCUUGUGGAGGAGUUAUCGUCCAUUAAUCGUUAAUGAACUGAUCAAUAUAUUGUGAUAUUGAUUUGAGGCCAUAUCACCCAGCCCUGUUAUGGCUGCAGAUGUUGCUGCUGGUUAGGACACACUGUAUCUGUAAGUGAGGAGGACAGAGGUCCACCCUGACUCACCUCUCUGCCGUUGUCAGAUUCCAACUGCUCCCUCAGAAAGUUGACAUCACUGAGACUUCGACCACGUUUCAUCCAGCCCCCUGAUCUAACCCCAGUUUAACAGCUCUGUGAAGUUUGUGACUAACGUGUCAAACAGCGCUCAUGAAUCAAAAGGAAAGAAUAAUAUUGGUAAGAGAGUCUCAGAGGGUCGAACAAUAAGGUGAUUUUAUGCCGCUCUGGCUGUUCCUGUUGAGGUUCUUCAGGUUUGGGAACUUGGUUAGAAACCUUUCACACACUGGGCCCAGAAUCCAGGUAGUUUCUGCAUCAGUGUUUAUGAACUCUUCAUGUCUUUCUGCAGCGUGAUCAGGAUUCAUUUGUAUUUUAUCUCCUCAUUAUCAUCCAGACCUUUAAUCUGGAUUUUUACGGUUUGUUGUGCAUCUUCUCCCUCAGGUGUGAGGAACUACCUGAAGGAAGCUCUGGUCAACAUCAUCGCCGUUCACGCCGAGGUAAAACAAAAUCAAAAACCUCAAUAAUUGACCUUUUUCCCCCAAACUGUGCCUUAAUUAACGUCUCUUCCUGUCGUCUCCUCAGGUCUUCACCGUCUCGAAGGACCUGGUUCCUCGAAUUCUUUCCCGAAUCGUCGAGUCGGUCGCAGAUGAAAUGUGUCGCCUGAUGCAGUGCGUGUCCUCCUUCAGCAAAAACGGCGCCCUGCAGGUACACACUGAUGACUACACACCGACAUCACACACUCAUAGCGAGACCCUGACUCAGAACGACCCCACACCAGUCUCAGGGGUUUUACCUUUCAUUUCUGAUAACGCCGUAUUUCUGCUCAAUCUGCUGACAGUCGAUCAAGUCGAGUCGAUCUCACCCUCUUUUUUCUUUUUUACCCGCCUCAGGCUCGACUUGAACUUUGUGCCCUGAGGGACGCCAUAGCUGCGUACCUGAACGCUGAAAGCAAGUGAGUGCAGCACACACACACACACACACAGGAACUCUCCGAGUGUAUAUACCCAGUGAUUUACGACUGCGAGUGUCACAAACAUGAAUCUUAACAGUCGCACAUCCCUCACUACGAUCCCUAUUUAUGUUACUUGGUGGUUCUGGAAAGGAAGUGAAAGUAAUCUGGUUCUGCUGCGUGUGUGUGUGUGUUUGGUGUGUGUGUGUGUGUGUGCGCUGUGGUAUCUGUGUUAGUGUGUGUGCGUUUGUGUCAAGAGGUCAGUGUGGAGGCCUUGUAGAUGCACACACACACACACACACACUUGUUUUCCAGUGUUAAUAAAUGUGUUUUUGUCGUCACUGUCGUCUUCUUUUGCAGCGCCAGCUUCAAACUGGCCCUCGAGGGUCUUCCUCAGCUGCACAGCGGAGCCGAUAAAAAGUGAGUGAUUAAAACUGAUCACAGAUCCAGAUAGAAACCUGUUCUAGUCAGUUUACACUUUUUGACCCUUUAACCCAUGAAGACCUGAACCCUGUCUGAGACUCGCCUCUGAAAUCCUGAGGGCCGUUUUGAGAAGGGCCCCCAGAUCCUGAGGUUUUCUGAAGUGUUGAGGUUUACAAAAAAGCUGAAAUCUCAGCCUCUGUAGCAGGUAGAAACACAAUUCAAAAAGAAUUUGAGAGCUUACACAUGUGGCCUUCAAGAUAACUUUCUUUUAUCCAUCCGAAUUUAUCACAUUGUUGAGCAAACAAACUCAAAUGAAAUAAAGCAGCAAAACAAAUUAGCUUUCUGUAAAACAAGUGGCAGUCAUGAUAAAGUGUCCGUUCAAUACAAAUGUAAAUAUAAAAAAUAAGGUGUUGAAAGGGUAAACAGCUGCCCCAGUAUAGUGCCAGAACUAAAAACUAAAAAAUAAAUAAGUGUCUGACAGUGUGUUCAUCUCUGUGCUCACCCGAAGUCAUGCAACACUCACAGAAAACGUGGACAGUGUGAGCCAAAGACCUCAGUAUGAAGAGGUUGUUCACACUGUUUACAGUCAUAGACUGGAGGUCCACCAGCUCUUCUUCUUCUUCUUCGUCAUUGUCCAGAAACAUUCCUCUCAUCCACAAAUCCUGAAGGUUCUCAACGUCUUCAUUUCUUUCAAUAUCACAACCUUCACUACGGCUGGACGCUUCGUCUCCAAAACUGCUCUCUGCCUCCGUCUUUGUUUACUUAACUCACGAAGCACGUAGCAACAUCCGAUCACUUCAGCUUUAUUAGCCUAUCAGAGGCAGACGGGUAUGAUGAUUUGAUUCGCCACGACUGCAGAAAUGAUUGAAAAACUACAGAAUGUUACAAAAGGAUGUAUCCGCACUCAUGGCUUAAAGGGUAGAAACACGCAGCAGCACCGCCAGCUUGGAAGGUUGAAAUGUGUACAAGCUGUCCCGGUUUAAACGGGUUAAAACCACCUCUGAUCUGACUCUCCCCCUUCUUCCUCUCUUCCUCUCUUUCUUUCUUUCUUCCUCUCUUUCUUUCUUUGUUUCGUUCUUUCUUUCUUUCAUGGGUUGUACACGCUGUGGGGGAACUGUGUUGGACUUCCCCAAAACGUUCAGCUCUGAAGGUUUGAGAGUGAGGGUGAAGAGUCCAGGAGAGGGGACAGGGACAAGGGUAGCAGAUCCUGAAGGGGAGCCUCGGUUCAGUCAGGACCUCUUUUACUUGAAUAGUUCCGUUUGGUGGUGGUGGUGGUGGUGGAGCCAAAAUCUGUGUUUGAAAAGGAUUUCUUUCUUGUUGAGUUUAAUCAGUUUAAUCCCAAAGCAAACUGCAGGGAGAGCAGCAGCAAAGAGCUCCAGGGUGCAGACAGAGGUUUGCAUCAGUCUGUAGGUUUGUAGGUUAUUGAAGCUGUCAGUUCAUCACUGUUUGGCCUGUGCAUGUGCAGAGCGCUCAGUGAGAAUCCCCCUGAGUCGCAGACCUCUUCAUCUCACGUUUGUUCUCUCCUGCAGGUUGUUGGAGGAGCUGCUGAACAAGUUCAAGAGCAGCAUGCAGCUGCAGCUCACCUGUUUCCAGCCGUCGUGUGUCCAGCCUAUAAAGAGAUAAACUCACUCUCCUGUUUCUACAACUCUGUUCCUUAUUCACGUGCAAUCGACUUCUGAACCUUUCCUCUUAUCUCUGUAAUCUUCACCCUUUCAUCGUCACAUUUCAAUUUCUGCUUCACUGACUCGGACACUAAUGUUUCUGUCUAAUCUCGAUGGCACUAAAUGAGUCGAUUUCAUUGUGGAGGACAGUCCCAGUCAUGUUGGUUAUGCUAAUCUCACACAGUCACUCAUGCAGCUAAGAAGCAGAUAAAAAACGGCUAACAGGCGGUUCAGGGUCAGGAUCGUGUCUCUGCUGAUAGACGUCCCGAUUUAAUGAUGAUUUUUUAGUUAUGUGCCAUCUCUUACACCCAAUAAAUUAUGUAAAAGACAGACUGUAUGUUUGAUUUUUAACUUCUCUUUCAGACUUUUCGGCAGUUCACAGAAAUUAAUUAACAAGUCGAGCAAACAGCCUGCAAGGAACCGAAAGAUCUCUAUUUGGAGAAACGGUCUGCAUCUCUCCAAGAAGCAAAACAAAUUCCAAAACAAACGCGACAACCGAAACCUGCUGCAACCGAAAAGC